CUCUCUCACACACUGAGCUUUUCCUGUGUAGAUUUGAAGGGUGUGUGUGUCAGACAAAACCGAGCCAGGAAGUAAGUUUGCAAGCGUGUGCUCUGAGCCGCAGGCAGCCGCGCCAAAUCCUGAGCCCAUUUUGCACCCGGAAACGCCUUUUUUGGGGGGAGCUGUGGUCCAUUGGAUGGCCGGGAAGACAACCCCUAGCCAGUGAAGGCACCCCAGGGUGCCGUAUCGUCCGGGACGGGUUUGGGGUUCAGAGGGCACCAUGUUUUCGAGGAAGAAGCGGGAGCUGAUCAAGACACCGUCGAUUUCGAAGAAGGGCCGGGGAGGAAGUCCUGUGCCGCCGUCCUCUCUGGUGAGUAACGGGGUUGCGUCCGCGGGGCGUUGCGAAACGGGGGGUGGGCACCCCAGGCGGCGUUUUCACAAGAGGUCGCUCGGCUGCGCCUCCAACGGCUCACGGCAGCCGUUCAUUGGCUCCGACUCGCCCCGAAAAAAAGGGCAUCGUGGAUUUGGGGGGAAGGGUUCAGGGCAGCUCAAAUGUUUCAGGGGACGGAAGAAGUCCUCUGCGGAGGAAAGGUUGCAGCUUUGGGGGGCUUCUUAGCUUAGAGAAAAGGUAAUAAUAAUAAUAAUAAUAGUCAUAUAAUUUAUUUGUACCCUUGGUUGUUACUCUGAGUGGCUUCCAGCAUGUAUAAAAACAUAGCAAACCAUUCAACCUUGAAAACUUUGAAAUAAUAAUAAUAACAAUAAUUUAUUUGUCCCCUGGGUUGCUCCAACCACUCUGGGUGGCUUCCAGCAUGUAUAAAAACAUGGCAAACUAUUAAACCUUGAAAACUUUGAAAUAAUAAUAAUAACAAUAAUAAUAAUAGUAAUUUAUUUGUACCCUUGGUUGUCCCAGUCACUCUGGGCGACUUCCGGCAUAUAUAAAAACAUGGCAAAACAUUAAACCUUGAAAACUUUGAAAUAACAAUAAUAAUAAAAUUAUUAUUAUUAUUAUUUAUUUGUACCCUGAGUUGCCCCAGCUGACGUCUUCCAGCAUAUAUAAAAACACAGCAAAACAUUAAACCAGGCUUCCUCAACCUGCGGCCCUCCAGAUGUUUUCGGCCUACAACUCCCAUGAUCCCUAGCCAGCAAGACGAGUGGUCAGGGAUGAUGGGAAUUGUAGUCUCAAAACAUCUGGAGGGCCGAGGUGGAGGAAGCUUGCGUUAAACCCUGAAAAUGUCAGGAGACCUAUUAAAAUGACCCUGGACAUGGAGAAAAUGGGGGAGAGGAGCGUUUUCCUCCCUCUGCAAGAGCACUAAAAGCCGUGGUCGAGUUUUCAGGGCAGAUAAAAGAAAGGCGUUCUUCGUUAACCAGUGGAACUCGCUGCAGCAGGUAGCAGCUGUAACCACCAAACUGGCUUUGUUGUUGUUGUUUAGUCGCUUAGUGGUGUCCGACUCUUUGUGACCCCCUGGACCAGAGCACGCCAGGCCCUCCUGUCUUCCACUGCCUCCCGCAGUUUGGUCAAACUCAUGCUGGUAGCUUUGAGAACACUGUCCCACCAUCUUGUCCUCCGUCGUCCCCUUCUCCUUGUGCCCUCCAUCUUUCCCAACAUCAGGGUCUUUUCCAGGGAGUCUUCUCUUCUCCUGAGGUGGCCAAAGUCUUGGAGCCUCAGCUUCAGGAUCUGUCCUUCCAGUGAGCACUCAGGGCUGAUUUCCUUCCAAAUAGAGAGGUUUGAUCUUCUUGCAGUCCAUGGGACUCUCAAGAGUCUCCUCCAGCACCAUAAUUCAAAAGCAUCCAUUCUUCGGCGAUCAGCCUUCUUGAUGGUCCAGCUCUCACUUCCACACAUCACUACUGGGAAAACCAUAGCUUUUACUCUACAGACCUUUGUUGGCAAGGUGACGUCUCUACUGGUUUUAAAAGAGGGCAAAUUCACGAAGGAGAGAGGGCUAUUGAUGGCUACAGGGAGCUGGAGUCUAUGGUCAUUUUAUUUCCCACACCCCACCUUUUAGGACAGAUCUGGCGGUGCCAAUAUUGGGGGUGUUUUCUUUGCUUUUCGUUUUUGUGGAAAGCGCUCCAAGCGAGGUUUCGCUUCCUGUCGGCGGGCCCAGCAAGACGUCAAGCCUGCAAGAUCCGCUUGGCCGAGUGGGUGUUUUCACUGCAAGAACCCAGCAGAAGACCUGGGUUCAAAAUAACACCCGGUGGCUGGAGCCAGGUGCGAAAUAACGGCCAGGGAGGCGGGUGGAAGAUGGGAGGGCAGAUAUUUUAAUGCAUUUUUAAUCUUUCGUUGGAAGCUGCCCAGAGUGGCUGGGGAAACCCAGCCAGAUGGGCAGGGUGUUAAUAAUAAUAAUAGCAGGGAGGUCAACAGUAGAGGGCGCCAGAGCCCCUCCAAUUCUGCAUAACGGGGGCCUAUCUCUCGUUUCACAGAGGGCUGUAGAGGCUUAAUAGAGGCCCCCUUACUGACACCCAGCCCUGCCUGUCAUUUUCCUCCUAUCUCUCUCUUUUUCUAAAAAAAUAAGAAUUUGUUAAAGUUUUUUGCCACGAGACAAAAGCAUCGAAUCCAGAUAAUUGCAGAGAGAGAGAGAGAAACAAAACAAAACAAAAAAAGGAAAUAAAAGAGGGGGGGAGGAAAAAUUUUAAAAAACUUCCUUCUCUAUAAACUCAGCGCUGCUUUAAAAAAUAAAGCGAAAUACGGCGUCGUCAUCUGGGUCUGAAACCCCUCCAAAAAACUCGCUUUUGUAUUGAUGUUCAGUUCUGCACAAUUCAGAGCUGCAGAAAGAGGAAGCCGUCCGAACCGCCUUCCUCUUUGCUCAAGUUUGUGGCUUUUUUUCCUCCGCCCGUCCCUUCUAAGAAGCUGCGCCGGGUGGGUGCUGGGUGCGUCGUAAAUUUUUUCGAAAAAAGGAAAAGCACCCCGGAAAAAAACUAAAACCCGCAAGGUUUCCAGAAGCGAGCAUGGGUGUGGCGGCUCUCAAAAUCCGCCUGGGCACUGGAGGGGCGCCCUAGGCCUUGAAAUCAUCCGUGCCCUCUCUGCCUAGUGGGGUUCGUGGUUUUUUGGGGGGCUGCUGGAUCGUGGCCAUGCACGGAAACCGGGGCAAAAGCAGCUACAGCCCGUAUUCGGCCGGACUGCGGAGGAAAGUCUCGAAAGCCGGCGGCCACGUCUUGGAGACCGUCUCCAACAGAGCCAGCAUUUGGCUGAAGGUACAAAACUCCUACCAGGUUUUCAGAAGGGCAGCGAGGGGCUGUGUAUGUUUUGGUAAUUUUAAACAAUUGAUUAAAAAUAUAUAUAAACAUACAACAAUGAUUUAGACUCCGAAUAUCCAGAUUGCUCUGAAUCUCCCGGCUGCCCCUCAUCCCUUCCACGGGGCCUAAUGAUAAUAUUUACAACGACAUUUCAAUAUUUAUCCACACUUCUAAAUUAGCCACACUUUCCGUUCCUUUGCAAGUGUGGUUAAAAUCCUGCCAAUGUUUGAACCUGCUUGCAGUAGUCUCAUAAAUAAAUCACAAACGUUAUGGUCUUUGUGAUUUCCCAGUUAACUUUGCCGCUGGGAUAUCAUUUUUUAAAAACGAAAAUCCGUGCAAAAAUCUGCCUUCGGAUUUGUAUUGUGUCGCAGAAAGAACAUGGGAAGGUGUGUUUUUUUAGUCUAAUGGGUGCAUCUCAGCACCUAAAAUACACUUCUUGAAAAUACAACACACCAUUAGGAAGCGUUUGGCUGAAGAUAUUUUCGGCAAACUCCCACCGGGUUUUUGGAAGGGCAGCGAGGGGCUGUGGGUUCAAGUGGGAAAAAAUCCUGCAUUUUGGGGGUGGAUGUUCCUCGUGCUCUGGUCCAAAUUUCCUUUGCUUAAAGCGCCUUUCGGUCCCUUUAUAGACAGGGUGGGUGGAAAGGGACGGCGAAACUGUUCCCGGGAGAUCGAAAAGACACGUCACGCGAGGAAAGCGGUGCGGGGAGGGAAGAGGGCAAACUCAAACGCCCGCUUUGUUAAAAUAAGAAAUCGCCGUAAGACAUGGACUAUAAAGUGCCGUAUUUUUUGCUCUAUAAGACGCACCAGACCACAAGACGCACCUAGUUUUUGGAGGAGGAAAACAAGAAAAAAAAUAUUCUGAAUCUCAGAAGCCAGAACAGCGAGAGGGAUCGCUGCGCAGCGAAAGCAGCAAUCCCUCUUGCUGUUCUGGCUUCUGGGAUAGCUGCGCAGCCUGCAUUCACUCCAUAAGACGCACACACAUUUCCCCUUACUUUUUAGGAGGGGACAAGUGAGUCUUAUAGAGCAAAAAAUACGGUAACUACCCUUCGAAUUGUCACACUUCUCCAAAUUUUGCAACGCAAUUUUCGGCUCAAAAACAAAGUUUUUUUUCUUCCUAAUGGUGUGUUGUAUUUUCAAGAAGCGUAUUUUAGGUGCGGAGAUGCACCCAUUAGAUUAAAAAAUUGCCUUCCCAUGUGUUUUCUGCGACGCGAUGCAAAUCCGAAGGCAGGUUUUUGUACGGAUUUUCGUUUUUAAAAAAUGAUAUCCCAAUGGCAAAGUUAACUGGGUUGCUCAGAAAUCACAAAGACCGUAACUUUUAAAAAAACAAUGGGAAAGGUUUGCGAUUUAUUUAUGAGACUACUGCAAGCAGGUUCAAACAUUGGCAGCAUUUUAACCACACUUGCAAAGUAACCGAAAGUGUGGAUAAUUUAGAAGGGGGAAAACUGGAUAAAUAUUGAAAUGUCGUUGUAAAUAUUAUCAUUAGGCCCUGUGAAAGGGAUGAGGGGCAGCCAGGAGUUUCAGAGCAAUCUGGAUAUUCGGAGUCUAAAUCGUUGUUUGUUGUAUGUUUAUAUAUAUUUUUAAUCAUUUUUUUGAUUAAAAAAUAUAACCUCUGUUGUGCUCUCUUCAACAGCAAAGACCUGAUGAAGAGAGAACAGCAGAGGUUAUAUUUUCUGGGAAUCCUCCGGAAAAACAAUCUCUCAAAGGACCUGUUGAUGGCAUUUUACCAUCAUACUGUGGAGAGUUUAUUAACUUAUGGUCUGUGUGUGUGGUUUGGGAGCUGCACGGCCAGGGGAAAAACAAUGCUGUCCAGGGUUGUAAAGACUGCGGAGAGAAUAAUUGGGUGCACUCUUCCCACCUUGGAUCAAAUCUAUGCUUCCAGGUGCCAGAAGCUGCAGAGAUAGCGCAGGACAGUGCGCACCCCGGAAAUGAUCUCUUUCAGCUUCUGCCUUCUGGAAGAAGGUCCAGGGUUAUAAAGGCCAGGACUAGCCGCCUGAGAAACAGUUUCUAUGCAAAAGCAAUUCUGGUUCUAAAAACAGCAUAAGGAGUCUCUAUAGUAUAUUGUAUUUUAAAAUGGGGUUUCAGAGUUUUUAGGGGUUUAUGUAGAUUUUCAAUUUCAUUGUUCUGCAUGGGACAAUGACAAUAAAGAUAUCGUAUAUCGUGAAAUUACCAAUAUAUAUAUAUACAUUGCAUUUUUCACUCUAUAAGAUGCACCAGACCACAAGACGCACCUAGUUUUUGGAGGAGGAAAACAAGAAAAAAAAUAUAUUCUGAAUCUCAGAAGCCAGAACAGCAAGAGGGAUCACUGUGCAGCGAAAGCAGCAAUCCCUCUUGCUGUUCUGGCUUCUGGGAUAGCUGCGCAGCCUGCAUUCGCUCCAUAAGACGCACACACAUUUCCCCUUACUUUUUAGGAGGGGAAAAGUGAGUCUUAUAGAGCCGAAAAUACGGUAUAUAUCACAGAUCCAUACGUGAAGUUACGCAAAGGAAGAGGUGGUCUCCCUGCUCUGAGUCAUUGCACCCUUCGAAUUAAGAGCGGGGCUAAAGGUAGAAGCCAUAUUAUUAAAACAAUGAUAACAUUCCCUACCUGUGUACAUCACAGGAUCCCAGGUGAAUCUGUCUGGUGGCCACACCCCCUCAUCAGGUCACGCCCCUUCUCCUCAAGCCACUCCCCCAUUGCUUUGCACCUUCCUUGAAUGUUUUCAGCUGGCUGCAAGGAGGACUGAGAGAUUUUGUGUGAGGAAAUAAGGAUUUUUUUCUCCACCUAUAUUGGCCGCUGGCCCCAGCAGAGGUUUUCUGGAAGCAGAAGCGGCCCUUCGGCCAAAGGAGGUUCCCAGACCCCCCCCCCAACAUAAGAGAUAAACGCCUUUUCUAAGGCGGCUCGCGUCACGUCAGAAAGGGGUCCGAGGGUCAUCCAUCCCAACCCGCUUUGCAAUGCAGGAAUCUCGGCUCAAGGAUCCUGGAAAGAUGGCCAUCCGAACUCUGCUUAAAAGCCUCCAAAGAGACCGUCCCAUGGUCGAAUGUCGCCGGAAUUUUCUUCCCCACGUUGAGCCGGAAUCUGCUUUCUCGUCGUCCGAAUCGGGGGCAGGACUCGAACCCGUGGCUUCAAGUCACAAGAAAGGAGAUACCGACUCAACGUCAGGAAUGACUUUCUGACGGGAAGAGCUGUUCGACUGUGGGACGGAAGGUGGACUCUCCUCCUCAGAGGCUUGGACUACUGCAAUGCGCUCUCUGUGGGGCUGCCUUUGAAGGCGACCCGGAAACUGCAACUAAUCCAGAAUGCGGCAGCCAGACUGGGGACUGGGAGCGGCUGCCGAGACCAUGUGGGACUCACAGUCAUUUUGGACUCACCGCUGUCCAUGGAGGCGCAGGUCAGUUCUGUGUCCAGGGCAGCUCCAUCUGGUACGCAGGAUGAGACCCUCCCUGCCUGCAGACUGUCUGGCCAGAGUGGUGCAUGCUCUGGUUAUCUCCCGCCUGGACUACUGCCAUGCGCUCUCCGUGGGGCUGCCUUUGAAGGCGACCCGGAAACUGCAACUAAUCCAGAAUGCGGCAGCCAGACUGGGGACUGGGAGCGGCCACCGGGACCAUAUGGGACUCACAGUCAUUUUGGACUCAGAGCUGUCCAUGGAGGCGCAGGUCAGUUCUGUGUCCAGGGCAGCUCCAUCUGGUACGCAGGAUGAGACCCUCCCUGCCUGCAGACUGUCUGGCCAGAGUGGUGCAUGCUCUGGUUAUCUCCCGCUUGGACUACUGCCAUGCGCUCUACGUGGGGCUGCCUUUGAAGGUGACCCGGAAACUACAGUGGUACCCCGCAAGACGAACGCCUCGCAAGACGGAAAACCCGCUAGACGAAAGGGUUUUCCGUUUUGGAGGCGCUUCACAAAGCAAUUUCCCUAUGGGCUUGCUUCGCAAGACGACAGCCCAUAGGGAAAUCUCAGGGACAGCGGGGAAGCGCAGCGCGUCUUCCCCACUGUCCUCGGACCUCUUCCGAAGCCCGGCGGCGGGCGGGGACACCUCCUCCCGCCGCCGCCGGGCUCGGAAGGCUCCUCCGGCCGGGCGGGGGGAGGGAACACCUGCCGCCGCCGCCCGGCCCGGGCACGGUGCUCCGAAGCCGGGCGGGGGGAGGGAAGACCUCCGCCGCCGCCCGGCUCGGACGGUGCUCCGAGCCGGGCGGGGGGAGGAAGACCUUCUGAAGGCGGGCGGGGGCGAAGUCUUUGCUCCCCCUGCCUGCCUGUCCCGGAGGGCUUUUGAAGGCGGGGGAGCAAGACUUUCGCCCCCGCCCGCCUUCAGAAGAGGUCCAGGACCUCUUCUGAAGGCUGGCGAGGGCAAAGUCUUGUCCCCUGCCUGCCUUCCCAGGGGCUUUAAAUUGCCCGGACAGCGGAGCAGUCCGCCGCUGUCCCGGGGUGAUUUUAAAAUGCCGCCCGCCAGCAUUUUAAGAUCGCCCGGACAGCGGAGAAGUCCUCCGCUGUCCCGGGGUUUUAAAAUGCUGGGGGUGGGAAGAAAAGCCCUUGCCCCCAGCCUUCAGAAGAGGUCCGGGGACAGACUGUCCCCGGACCUGGUCUGAAGGCGGUUUCCCUAGGAACGCAUUAAUUGAUUUUCAAUGCAUUCCUAUGGGAAACCGUGCAUCGCAAGACGAAAAACUCGCAAGACGAAGAGACUUGCGGAACGAAUUAAUUUCGUCUUGCGAGGCACCACUGUACAACUAAUCCAGAAUGCGGCAGCCAGACUGGGGACUGAGAGUGGCCACCGAGACCGUAUAACACCGGUCCCGAAAGACCUACAUUGGCUCCCAGGACGUUUCCGAGCACAAUUCAAAGUGUUGGCGCUGAUCUUGAAAGCCCUAAACGGCCCAGUAUCCCUGAAGGAGCAUCUCCGCCCCAAUUGUUCCGCCCGGACACCUGGGUCCAUCUCCGAGGGCCUUCUGGCAGUUCCCUCCCUGCGAGAAGUGAGGUUACAGGGAACCAGGCAGAGGGCCUUCUCGGUGGUGGUGCCCGCCCUGUGGAACGCCCUCCCAUCAGAUGUCAAGGAAAUACACAACCUUCUGACUUUUAGAAGACAACUUAAGGCAGCCCUGUUUAGGGACGUUUUUAUUCUUUGACGUUUUAUCGUGUUUUUAAUAUUCUGUUGGGAGCCACGCAGAGUGGCUAAGGAAACCCAGCCAGUUGGGUGGGGUAUAAAUAAGAAUUUAUUAUUAUUAUUAUUAUUAUAGCAGAGCUUGAAUGGGCACCUAUCAGCGAUGCUCUAGCUGAGAUUCCUGCGUCGGAGGGGGUUGGACUAGAUAAUAAUAAUAAUAAUAAUAAUAAUAAUAAUAAUAAUAAUAAUUUAUUAUUUAUACCCCGCCCAUCUGGCUGAGUUUCCCCAGCCACUCUGGGGAAUGAAUCUUAGAGGUAUUUUCCAAGUCUACAAUUCUAUGAUUCCAUGAUAUCCAAUAAAGCCAGCAGCUGGGAUAUGGCCUAAGGCCAGCGGUCAGCAAACUUUUUAGCAGGGGUCCGGUCCACCGUCCCUCAGACCUUGUGGGGGGCCGGACUAUAUUUUGGGGGGGAAAUGAACGAAUUCCUAUACCCCACAAAUAACCCAGAGGUGCAUUUUAAAUAAAAGCACACAUUCUACUCCUGUAAAAAUACGCUGAUUCCCGGACCGUCCGGGGGCCGGAUUGAGAAGGCGAUUGGGCCGGAUCCGGCCCCCGGGCCUCAGUUUGCCUACCCAUGGUCUAAAGCAGGCAUAGGCAAAUUUGGCCCUCCAGAUGUUUUGGGACUACAAUUUUGUCCAAUUCUGCAAUUCAGGAAACAGAUUCAGAUGUCCGGUAAAGAGUAUUGUUAGCCCAGAAAUGGAAGCAAGAAUAAAUUCUGACGAAACAAGAAUGGCAGAUGAAAUUAAUGGACUAUGCAGAAUUGGACAAAAUGACAGGAAGGAUUCGAAACCUGCGGGACCAGAGAUUUACAGAAGAUUGGAAGAAGUAUAUGAAUUAUUUGAAGAGCAACUGUAAUCAACAAAUUAGGCUAGUAGGACUACAAGAAGUUUCGUAAGGAGAAAUAUACGAAGUGUUUACAAGGUAGAUUAAAGAUAGAGAUAUUGGUUAUGAGUUUGAAAUGUAAUAGGGAAGAUAAGAAAUGCAUUCUGAGAGAUUACAGGUGAAACUUUAAAAAUUAGAAUAUUGUGGGAAAGUUCCUUGAUUUCAGGAAUUCAGCUUGAAAGGUGAAACUAAUAUAUGAGAUAGACUCAUGACAUGCAAAGCGAGAUAUGUCAAGCUUUGAUUUGUGAUCAUGGCGUACAGCUGGUGAAAACCCCAAAUUAACCAUCUCAGAAAAUUAGAAUAUUCAAGGAAAUCAGCAAAACAAGGAUUGCAAAUUGAGCAAGAUUGGACCUCUGAGAAGCAGACACACAUCUCGCUUUGCAUGUCACGAGUCGAUCUCAUCUAUUAGUUUCACCAUUCAAGUUGAAUUCCUGAAAUCAAUGAACUUUUCCACGAUAUUCUAAUUUUUUGAGUUUCACCUGUAGAUUGGAAAAUUUUCAGACAGGAUUGAUGGAAGUCAAAAAUUUGAAUACGAUGUAAAAGCAUGUUUAAUGACUGUUGAAAAUGAUAUGUUAAAAAAAACUAAUAAAAAAUUCUAUAUAUAUAAAAAAGAUGUUUUGGGACUACAAUUCCCAUCAUCCCUGACCACUGGUCUUGCUAGCUAGGGAUGAUGGGAGUUGUAGUCCCAAAACAUAUAUAUUUUUUAAUAUAUAAUUUUUGGCCAGAGGUCAUACGGCUACGGUUUCUCAAGCGCCGGCAAGAUUGACGUCAAAGCUAAAGUCAUCGCUGUUGAGCAAUUGUGGUUCCUAAGAUACCACGAGACUCAACCGCUCGCCUCUGUGGAAUAAUUUGCAGAAUGUGGAUUUUUUUGCAACAAAGGGCUGGACCUUUUUCCGCCCGCGUGAACCUUCAAAAAGAGGAUUCGGCAAAUUCCCGAAUCACAACUAAUUCAUUGCAUGCCCAUUCUUUCUUCUUAAAUUUCAAACUUUUCCAAAAGUCAAACUUACCCAAAAGUCAAAACCAAUCAAAAACCCCGCUCCCACAAACACUUAGUAUUUUUACUUAAAUUUGAAAUUUUCCCAAAAGUCAGAACAAACGAAUAACCCCCCUCGAACAAAUGCCUCUUCUUAUUAAAUUUGAAAAUUGUGCAAAAGUGACACUUUCCCAGAACAAACGAAUCAAGACUCCCCCUCCCACAAACACCUUUUCUUAUUUCUUGAAAUUGAAAUUUCCCCCAAAUUCAAAACAAAGAGUGAACCGAGUGCCUAUUGGUUCUUCCAAUGCGUUCUGAAGUUGGUGGAACCAAAGGCUCUGAGUUCUAAUCCUGCCCUGAGUGCCUUUUGCUUCUUCCAAUGAGUUCUGCAGUUGAUGGGGCCAAAGGCUCUGAGUUCUAAUCCUGACCUGAGUGCCUAUUGGAUCUUCCAAGGCGUUCUGAAGCUGGUGGGGCCAAAGGUUCUGAGUUCUAGUCCUGCGCUGAGUGCCUAUUGGUUCUUCCAAUGAGUUCUGCAGUUGGCGGUGCCACAGGAUCUGAGUUCUAGUCCUGCCCUGAGUGCCUUUUGCUUCUUCCAAUGAGUUCUGCAGUUGGCGGUGCCACAGGAUCUGAGUUCUAAUCCUGCCCUGAGUGACCCGAAUGCCUUUUGCUUCUUCCAAUGACUUCUGAAGUUGGUGGGGCCAAAGGUUCUGAGUUCUAGUCCUGCGCUGAGUGCCUAUUGGUUCUUCCAAGGCGUUCUGAAGUCGGUGGAGCCAAAGGUUCUGAGUUCUAGUCCUGCGCUGAGUGCCUAUUGGUUCUUCCAAGGCGUUCUGAAGUCGGUGGAGCCAAAGGUUCUGAGUUCUAAUCCUUCCCUGAGUUCCUAUUGGUUCUUCCAAAGUGUUCUGAAGUCGGUGGAGCCAAAGGCUCUGAGUUCUAAUCCUACCCUGAGUGCCUUUUGCUUCUUCCAAGGCGUUCUGAAGUCGGUGGAGCCAAAGGCUCUGAGUUCUAAUCCUGCCCUGAGUGACCCGAAUGCCUUUUGCUUCUUCCAAUGACUUCUGAAGUUGGUGGGGCCAAAGGUUCUGAGUUCUAGUCCUGCACUGAGUGCCUAUUGGUUCUUCCAAAGCGUUCUGAAGUCGGUGGAGCCAAAGGUUCUGAGUUCUAAUCCUGUCCUGAGUGCCUUUUGCAUCUUCCAAUGAGUUCUGAAGUUGACGGGGCCAAAGGCUCUGAGUUCUAGUCCUGCCCUGAGUGCCUUUUGCUUCUUCCAAUGAGUUCUGAAGUUGACGGGGCCAAAGGUUCUGAGUUCUAAUCCUGCCCUGAGUUCCUAUUGGUUCUUCCAAAGUGUUCUGAAGUCGGUGGAGCCAAAGGCUCUGAGUUCUAAUCCUACCCUGAGUGCCUUUUCCGUCUUCCAAUGAGUUCUGAAGUUGGUCAGGCCAAAGGCUCUGAGUUCUAGUCCUGCCCUGAGUGCCUAUUGGCUCUUCCAAGGCGUUCUGCAGUUGGCGGGGCCAAAGGUUCUGAGUUCUAAUCCUGACCUGAUUGCCUAUUAGUUCUUCCAAGGCGUUCUGAAGUUGGUGGAGCCAAAGGCUCCGAGUUCUAGUCCCGCCCUGAGCGAUCCGAGUGCCUAUUGGUUCUUCCAAUGAGUUCUGAACUUGGUGGAGCCAAAGGUUCUGAGUUCAAGUACUGCCCCGUGUGACCCGGAUGCCUUUUCCUUCUUCCCAGGAGCUGCCGCGCCGGGAUGGCCUGGACUCCUCGACCUCCUCCAGCCUGGCGGACCUCUCCGUGCCCACCCCGGCCGGCACCCUCAAGCGCCCCACCAGCCUCAGCCGCCACGCCAGCGCCGCAGGGUUCCCGCUCUCGCCGGCCGUCCCCCGGGGCCUGGGCAAAGCCGCCAAGGCGUACAGCCCCUGCGACGGCGGCGAGGGCAGCCUGAUGGAGCCGGAGGAAAUCUCCCAACUGCUGGCCGACGUGACCCGCUUGGCCGAGCCGCUGGAGAAGCUGCGGGAUGUGGUUCUCCGGGAGGGUAAGUGGUCGGGGGCCGGAUUGAGCUUUGAUGCGGCCCUCAGCUCCUGGGGCCCUUUCUGUGCCCGACCGCAAAUUGCCGUUUGUUUUGCGUUAAUAAUAUAAUAAUAAUAAUAAUUUAUUUAUUUAUAAAGCUGUGCUGUAUUGAGCAUUUUCUGCCCCUAGAGGUCUCUAGCAUGACACUGUAUCGCAAUGCGUAUGUUCUGCUGCUAGGAGUCACUGUUGUAGUGGGACCCUAAAUAAAAAUAUAAUAGUAAUAAUUUAUUAUUUAUACCCCACCCGUCUGGCUGGGCUUCCCCAGCCACUCUGGGCGGCUGCCAAGAAAACACUAAAACACAAUAACCAAUUCAACAUUAUAAAGCUUCCCUAAACAGGGCUGCCUUCAGAUGUCUUCUAAAAGUCAGAUAGUUGUUUAUUUCCUUGAUAUCUGGCGGGAGGGCGUUCCACGGGGGGGCGCCACCACGGAGAAGGCCCUCUGCCUGGUUACCUGCAACCUCACUUCUCGCAGGGAGGGAACCGCCAGAAGGCCCUCAGGAGAUGGACCCAGGUGUCCGGGCUGGACGAUGGGGGUGGAGAUGCUCCUUCAGGGAUACUGGGCCGUUUAGGGCUUUCAAAGUCGGCCCCAACACUUUGAAUUGUGCUCGGAAACAGACUGGGAGCCAGUGUAGGUCUUUCAAGACCGGUGUUAUGUGGUCUCGGCGGCCGCUCCCAGUCCCCAGUCCAGCUGCCGCAUUCUGGAUUAGUUGUAGUUUCCGGGUCACCUGCAAAGGCAGCCCCAUGGAGAGCGCAUGGCAGUAGUCCAAGCGGGAGAUAACCAGAGCAUGCACCACUCUGGCCAGACAGUCUGCCGGCAGGUAGGGUCUCAUCCUGCAUACCAGAUGGAGCUGCCCUGGACAAAGAACUGACCUGCGCCUCCAUGGACAGCUGUGAGUCCAGAGUAACUCCCAGGCUGCGCACCUGGUCCUUCAGGGGCACAGUGACCCCAUUCAGGACCAGGGAGUCCUCCACACCUGCCCGCCUCCUGUCCACCAAAAACAGUACUUCUGUCUUGUCAGGAUUCAACCUCAAUCCGUUAGCCGCCAUCCAUCUUCCAACCGCCUCCAGACACUCACACAGGACCUUCACCGCCUUCACUGGUUCUGAUUUGAAAGAGAGGUAGAGCUGGGUAUCAUCCGCAUACUGGUGAACACCCAGCCCAAACCCCUUGAUGAUCUCUGACCACUGGUCCUGUUAGCUAGGGAUGAUGGGAGUUGUAGUCCCAAAACAUCCGGAGGGCCGAGUUUGGGGAUGCCUGCUCCAGAUGUUUUAGAACUACAACUCCCAUCACCCCUAGCUAGCAGGACCAGUGGUCAGGGACGAUGGGAACUGUAGUCUGAAACAUCUGGAGGGCCGAAGGUUUGGGACGCCUGCUAUAUGGCAGUGGUGCCCAAACUUUUCUCAAAGAGGGCCACAUUGGAUGAAGUGAAGGGCCGCAAGGGCUGACCAAAGUUGUUGACCUUUAUUUAGGAUUGAUGUUCUCAACCCCUUUUUAGGGUUUUACCCCAAAGCGGUUGAGCUUUUUUAAAGUAUUUUUACCCAGAAAUAAACUGAGACGGGGGCCGGAUUAGGCCCUCAAAACGGACUUUGGACGUGCCUGAUUUAAAUCAAAUCCAGCCUGAUGGGGAGGGAGUGGAACGGGUUCUGACGCAUGAUUUAAAGACAUUAUUAUUAUUAUUAUUAUUAUUAUUAUUAUUACUUCCAUAUUGCCAAUGAAUGUUUCAUUUCCUUUGGGGAAAAGGAGCGGCGCAUGCGCCCGGUUUUGCAACCGCCAGCUGGGCACGGCCUCUGGGGACAGAGAGAGAGGCGGUUGCCACAUCAGACGGUGGCAAGAGGGAUGCGAUAUUUGCCGCUUCCUGCCUCUAUUUUCAUCCACCCGCCUUUCCUGUUUACGCCGAGCCCGCGGCAGCUGGCAGCGCCCUGAUAAACCCUCCGCGGGCGUGCCUGGGUGCCCGUCGCCCUCCCCGCAAUGUCCUCUGGCUCGCUUGAGCAAUGGGCUUGCAGUCGCGCGAGGCCUGGGUUCGAAAUCUGACCCAGCCAUGCAGUUGUGCGCCAUCAGGCCCGCGAGAUCCGGGUUCGAAUUCCGACCCGGCCACAAAAUUCGCCCUGGGUGGCCUUGGGGACGGGGCAGCCGCCACCUCUCUCGGCCGAACCGACCUCCCAUGGUUAUUGUGAGGGUCGCGCGCUUGCUAGGAGCUGGGAGAUCUGGGUUCGAGUCCCGACCGAGCCACAAUGAUCUCUUGGGGGGCAGUCGACUGCCUCUCUGCCUAACUGAGGGUCGUUGCAGGAGGGUUCGUUGAGGAGGGGGUGAACCAUGCAGGGGAAAGGAAAAGGUGGAAAUAAUAAAUGCUAAAAGUAAUUAAAACUUAUAGGGGGAAAUUGACGCCACCCGGGAAAAAAGCACGUUAUUCAAAGCUGCGUACAAGACGGGAAAUUUCACUAAUAUUCUGCUGAGUUGCCGUAAGGGUUUAGUUUUAGUUUUAGUUUUAGUUUAGUUUAAUUUUUAGUUUAGUUUUUAGUUUAGUUUAGUGUUUAGUUUAGUUUAGUGUUUAGUUUAGUUUUCAGUUUUGUUUUCAGUUUUGUUUAGUUUAGUUUAGUUUUCAGUUUAGUUUUUAGUUUAGUUUAGUUUAGUUUUUAUUUUGUUUUUAUUGCAAACGGGUGCAAAACGUGCAGAACCCGAGUUUGAGAACUGGAGAAAUUAGGAGCGAAAACCCGACGUUCACUCCUUCCUUCCCUGGGGAUGAGAAUGCCCAGAAACGAUGAUACAAUCUGGGCGGGUGAUGGUUUAGGGAUGGGGGUCAGCGGUCAAGCGGGUUAUCUCAAAUGUCGCAAGAGGCGGUCACUUCCUUCUUUCCAUCUUCCCUUCCUGAAUGUAAACAGGAAGGGAAACAUUCCAGAGAAGACCUUGGACAGAGAGAGGUUGCCAACUUACCGGGUUUGGGGGGGAAGGAACAGGGCUAUGCUCCUCCCCAAAGAAUUGUGGGAGAUGUAGUUUGGGGCGCUUGCUCUGCCCCAAAGAAUUGUGGGAGCUGUAGUUUCGGGCGCUUGCUCUGCCCCAAAUAAUUAUGGGAGCUGUAGUUUGCUCUGCCCCAAAGAAUUGUGGGAGCUGUAGUAUGGAGUGGUGACAUGCUCUGCCCCAAAGAAUUAUGGGAGCUGUAGUUUGGGGCGCAUGCUCUGCCCCAAAGAAUUGUGGGAGCUGUAGUUUCGGGCGCUUGCUCUGCCACCAAAGAAUUGUGGGAGCUGUAGUUUCGGGCGCUUGCUCUGCCACCAAAGAAUUGUGGGAGCUGUAGUUUUGGGCACAUGCUCUGCCCCAAAGAAUUAUGGGAGCUGUAGUUUGCUCUGCCCCAAAGAAUUGUGGGAGCUGUAGUAUGGAGUGGUGACAUGCUCUGCCCCAAAUAAUUAUGGGAGCUGUAGUUUGGGGCACAUCCUCUGCCCAAAAGAGUUAUGGGAGCUGUAGUUUGCCGUCUUGGCAUCCCGUAAAAAGAAUCUUGUGAAAUGUAGUUUAAGCUGUGCUGCAAGUUGAAAAGGAAAGCCCUAUUUCCCCCCAACACAGAGAACUACAAUUCCCAGAGGGUGGGGUUUUUUUGGCAAGACAGAUUGAUUGUUAAACCGUUCUGGGUAAUAUAGCUUUCUGGGGGAAUAGGGGGUCUUGCCUCCCCACGAUCACACAGUGAGCCUCACGGCGGAGCAGGGAUCCUCAUCUCCAUAGCUCUAACCACUACACCGCCGCCUCCUCCCGAAGCAGCGGCUGGAUUUCUGACCCUGUUUGAAAACGGCGCAUCUCUCCUGCCCCGAGGGGCAGAUGAUAACGAAAUUGUGGGUUCUGGGACUUGUGGGGAGGGAGGCAAGGAGCCCAAGAGGCAGGUGAGAGGCAGAUACAAAUAUUGGAACUAUAGAGUUGGGAAGGGAACCAACGGUCAUCUAGUCCAACCCCCUGAAACGCAGCUGCCUUAGAUGGGUAUCGAACCUGCAACCUUGCCAUUAUCACUGUAGCCAGGGGGUCCGUUCUGGUUUUGUCCUUCUUGCCGAGUCCCUGCUGCCGCAUCAGAGGGACGUCAGGCAGAAAUUGAACAGGUGCGGCGCGUGCUACGAUUGCACCGACGGGCCGCAAGCCGUUUGGGGGUCCGUUCUGGUUUCCUCCUUCUUGCCGAGUCCCGCAAAGUGGGCUCCUGCAUCAGCGGGACGGCAGACAGAAAUCCAACAGGCGCAGCGCAUGCUACGAUUGCACCAACGGGCCGUAACUGGCAGGUCUUCUCUCUCUUUUGCAGACGGGCUGGAGUCCCGCCGGGCGCUGGCCCACGAGAACCUGGGGGACGCCUUGCGGAUCCUGCGGCAGGUGGUCGCCAAAUACCCUCUGCUCAACACGCUGGAGACGCUGACCGCGGCGGGAACGCUCAUCUCCAAAGUCAAAGGUCAGUCACAUGCUUUGCAAAAUGACGCGCGGCUGACAUUUCGCACUUCCCCAAAACUCUCCUUUAUUUUCUAAAAAAACACCACCUCCGUAAAUUUAAUCCAAAUCUGAUAUAUGCACUAGGACACUGCUAUUUUCUGGGGAUGAGACACAGGGGUGCACAUACCCCUAAACAUUUUGUGAAUCUUUGUACAAUGGUACCUUGGGUUAAGGACUUAAUUCGUUCCAGAGGUCCGUAUUUAACCUGAAACUGUUCUUAACCUGAAGCACCACUUUAGCUAAUUGGGCCUCCCGCUGCUGCUGGAGCACGAUUUCUGUUCUCAUCCUGAAGCAAAGUUCUUAAACUGAAGCACUAUUUCUGGGUUAGCGGAAUCUGUAACCUGAAGUGUAUGUAACCCGAGGUACCACUAUAUUUUUUUUCCCAUUUACUGUAUUUAUUUUUCCCAAUUUUUAAUUAUAAAAUGGUGGUUUUCUUGAGUCUAAAUGAGAGUACCCCUAAACAUUUUCUAAAAGGAAAAAAAAGCACUGCAUAUUGUGGGACGUGGGUGGCGCUGUGGGUUAAACCACAGAGCCUAGGACUUGCCGAUCAGAAGGUCAGCGGUUCGAAUCCCCGUGACGGGGUGAGCUCCCGUUGCUCGGUCCCAGUUCCUGCCAACCUAGCAGUUCGAAAGCACGUCAAAAUGCAAGCAGAUAAAUAGGUACCGCUCUGGCGGGAAGGUAAACGGCGUUUCCGUGCACUGCUCUGGUUCGCCAGAAGCGGCUUAGUCCUGCUGGCCACAUGACCCGGAAGCUGUACGGGGGCUCCCUCGGCCAGUAAAGCGAGAUGAGCGCAGCAACCCCAGAGUCGGCCACAAAUGGACCUAAUGGUCAGGGGUCCCUUACCUUUACCUUAGGGUAAUAUCACUAGAUCAAUUUUCGUAAGAAUGUAUGGGAGUAUAUUACAUUUUUUGAUUUCUUUUUUAUAUAUGCAUAUUUGUUUUCUCACCCCCCCUCAUUUCCCCUCCCCCCUGUGUAUCACUUUAUUCCUUUAUCAUUGCACUUCUUCAAUGAAUAUAUUAAUAAUAAAAAAAUAAUAAUCUGUAGGUUUCCAUUACGAAUCCAACAUCGAAGCUGACAAACGAGAAUUCGAAAAGGCCCUGGAGAUGAUCGCCGUUUCCUUCAGCGGCACGUAAGCAGAGGACUUCUUUGUGCUUUCCCUAAAAGCGCAUGAUUCCGGGUCGUAGAAUUGGAAGGGGCCCUUUAGAGGACAUCCAGCUCAACCCCCACUCAGGGGGUGAAAUUUGGGGUUAGAGGAGGCUGGGCAGCCUUUGCUUGAGGUUACAACAGCUUUUAAACAACCAGUGAUACCCAGGCUUUGGCCAGAGAUGAUGGACACCCUAAACAUUUUCCUGGGUAUUUAGUGACUUUUGUGGCAUGGAAUCAGAAGGUGAUUUUGGUCCCUGGUUUUUUUUGGGGGGGGGAGAUGUUAAAUUAACUCAAGGCGGCGUUACCUGGAGACGAUUUGGGGUUUGUGAAUAAGGAGGAACAACAUGAUUUUCAGAACAAGGGAUUCAGCUACACAGCUGAAAAAAUAAUGUGCCUUUUCAGCGCCCUGUACAAACGAGACAGUAGGUGGCAAUGGCGAGCUAAGGGCAAAUUCAAUAUAUUUUUCGAAAAAGCAUUUUUCCACGGCUUUUUUUACAUGCACCUAGAUUCCACCCUGGUCUGUUGGGUAAUGAAUUAAGGCGAAUGAACCACAGCGAUUUGAGCAAAGUGCAAAAUUAAUGUGCUUGUUUUGUCCCUCGUUUUGCUUUAUAAACGUGCUUUCUCUCCCCCAAAACAGGGUCUCCGAACUCCUCAUGGGGGAAGUAGAUAGCAGCACCCUUCUCUCCAUCCCUCCUAGUGAUCACAACCAGGUGAGGCGUCCCGGCUAAUGAACGAAUGACUCAAAUCUUUAUAGCUGAAAGCUAAAAGCCGUCACAAUUGGCCACAAUGCGUAGAAUACAAAGAACUGGUUUGAAACUGAACCACAAGAACAGCAAAGCAAACAUAAGGUAAAGGGACCCCUGACCAUUACGUCCAGUCGUGGCCGACUCUGGGGUUGCGGCGCUCAUCUCGCUUUACUGGCCGAGGGAGCCGGUGUACAGCUUCCGGGUCAUGUGGCCAGCAGGACUAAGCUGCUUCUGGUGAACCAGAGCAGCGCACGGAAACGCCGUUUACCUUCCCGCCGGAGUGGUACCUGUUUAUCUUCUUGCACUUUGUGCUUUUGAACUGCUAGGUUGGCAGGAGCAUGAACUGAGCAACGGGAGCUCACCCCGUCGUGGGGAUUCGAACUGCCGACCUUCUGAUCGGCAAGUCCUAGGCUCUGUGGUUUAGACCACAGCACCACCUGCGCAAAAAUCAUGCCUGCAUAAAUUAAGGACUCCACAUCUCACUCCUGGUAAAGGGACGCGGGUGGCGCUGUGGUCUAAACCCCUGAGCCUCUUGGGCUUGCCGAUCGGAAGGUUGGGGAUUCGAAUCCCCGCGACGGGGGGAGCUCCCGUUGCUCGGUCCCAGCUCCUGCCAACCUAGGAGUUCGAAAGCACGCCAGUGCAAGUAGAUAAAUAGGUACCGCUCCGGCGGGAAGGUAAACGGCGUUUCCGUGCGCUCUGGUUUCCGUCACGGUGUCCCGUUGCACCAGAAGUGGUUUAGUCCUGCUGGCCCCAUGACCCGGGAAGCUGUCUGCGGACAAACACCAGCUCCCUCGGCCUGAAAGCGAGAUGAGCGCCGCAACCCCAGAGUCACCUUUGAGUGGACUUAACCGUCCAGGUGUCCUUUACCUUUUUACCUUUUAAACGUCUGGAACGGAUUAAUCCGUUUUGCAUGACUUUCUAUGCGAAAGCACACCUUGGUUUUGGAACGCUUUGUUUUUGGAAUGGAAUUUCCGGAACGGAUUAAGUUUGAGAACGUGCGAGAAUUUUAAAAACAACCCCUGAAACAGCAAUAUGACAUGGAUUUUGCUAUCUAACCAUUGAUCCGUAAAAUGAAAGGAAUAAACAAUGUACUGCAGCCACACAAUCAAUCAGUAGCUGAACUGGGUUCCACACAGUCACAAAAACAAAACGAAAAAGAGCCACAAAAACAGAAACGCAAAAUAAAUAGCAAAAACAGACAGACCUCAGCAUAACACUCAAAUCGGAAGCACGACACUCAAAACGGAGCACGUUCGGCUUCCAAAACAAGUUCGCAAACCAGAACACUUCCUUCCGGGUUUGCAGAGUUUGGGUUCCAAGUUGUUCGAGUUCCAAGGCGUUUGAGAACCAAGGAACCGCUGUAACACCCAGAUUGAGGAUGUUCAGAUAGGCGCGUGCAUCUCUGACUUUCGCGUGGUUGGAAAUUCCUCGCUCGUAGGACUAACGACAUUUUCUCGCCCCCAGUCGAUGGAAAAUCUCUACGGGGGAAUUCCUGGGCAAGGCGGCGAAGGGAUCUCAGACGGCAUGGAAGGUUUCACCUCGAGUAAGUGCGAGUCUCCAUUGUGGCUUUCUGGCCUGCCUUUUUCACUAAUGCGCACCGAUUUCACUAAUGUUUGCGCAUUGAUCCAACCCCCCACGAAUGGGACCUUGAUAGGGCCAUAGAUAAUCGAACGUCAGGCUCCUUUUGUGAGCAAUAGCACGCUGCCCCACUGUGCUAAAAUGCCUGGAAACGAGAAAACAAGAUCCCCUUCUGGGAAACCUGGAAGCAGGUCCUCCUAAUCUAAACAGUACAGUAUAUUGAGACAACAACAACAAGAAGAAUAACAACUACACACACACACAUACCGCUGGGUGUUCCCAGCCACUCUGAGUGAUUCCCAACAGAAUAUCAAAAACACGAUAAAAGAUAAAAUAUUAAAAGCUUCCCUAAACAGGGCUGCCUUCAGAUGUCUUCUAAAAGUCAGGUAGUUGUUUAUUUCCUUGACAUCUGAUAGGAGGGCGUUCCACAGGGAGGGCGCCACCACCGAGAAGGCCCUCUGCCUGGUUCCCUGCAACCUCACUUCUCACAGGGAGGGAACCGCCAGAAGGCCCUCAGGAGAUGGACCCAGGUGUCCGGGCUGGAUGAUGGGGGUGGAGACGCUCCUUCAGGGAUACUGGGCCGUUUAGGGCUUUCAAGGUCAGCGCCAACACUUUGAAUUGUGCUCGGAAACAUCCUGGGAGCCAAUGUAGGUCUUUCAAGACCGGUGUUAUGUGGUCUCGGCGGCUGCUCCCAGUCACCAGUCUGGAUGCCGCGUUCUGGAUUAGUUGCAGUUUCCAGGUCACCUUCAAAGGUAGCCCCACGUAGAGCGCAUGGCAGUAGUCCAAGCGGGAGACAACCAGAGCAUGCACUACUCUGGCGAGACAGCCUGCGGGCAGGGAGGGUCUCAUCCUGCGUACCAGAUGGAGCUGCCCUGGACACAGAAUUGACCUGCGCCUCCAUAGAUAGCUGUGAGUCCAAAAUGACCCCCAGGCUGCGCAACUGGUCCUUCAGGGGCCAGAUACAGCCGUAGUUGGAGGUUGCUGGAAGCAGACAGGAUCUUUUGUGUGUUCUCGUGGAACCUCCAGCUCCCAAGCCAGUCUAUCCAGAUUCUUGGGUUCUUAGGGGCUCCUGCGAGAAUAUAGAUGGAUUUUUCGGAGCUAGCUGACCUGACUGGAAGAAUCCGCGACCAGAAAGGAGUUUCAAGAGGACUGGAGGAAAUUUUAAGGACUAUUUGAUUAAAUAUUGUAAAAUAAAAAAUUAGAAAUUACUUGAAAGAAACAAAUAGGCCUUGGAUUAAGUUAUAAUUAAAUAACUGGGAUUUAGAAUAUUAAGAAAAGUGAAUAAGGUGGAUUAUAAUUGGAAAUGGUUUUAGUUUAAUAAUGACAUUGGAAAGCUGUUGCUUUCAACUACAAGGAAACUCAGAAGGGAGGGACUAGAGGAAGUCAGCUAAGAUGUUUAAAAAGUUGGAUUUGUGUAGAAUUAAGUUUGUUGUCAUUGUUUAUUGUUCCUUUUUCUGUUCGUUGAUGUGUUUUUCUUUUUUUCUGCUUUUGUGUGUCGUUCUGCUUUGCGGUUUUGGUUAUAAUUGUGGAAAAUCUAAUAAAAUAAUUACAAAAAAAGAGAAUAUAUGGGCUCGUGGCCGAGAUCCUGCAGGCAACCCCUUCUUACAUCUCAUGCCUCUCUUCCCUUUCCCUCCCCAGUCCGUCUGUCGGCCGAAGAGGUGGACGUCCUCCUGCAAAGGUGCGAGGGAGGAGUCGAGGCGGCUCUACAUUACGCCAAGAACGUCUCCAAGUAUAUGAAGGACUUGAUGUAUUACCUAGAGAAAAGGACCGCCCUAGGUGAGCAGGGCAAGGGAGGGAGGGAGGAAAGUAGCAGGGAUCUCCUCCGCUCUGUUGUGGACAGUGCUGGAUAUUUACUACAGUGGUGGUGGUUGUUUAGUCGUUUAGUCGUGUCCGCCUCUUCGUGACCCCCUGGACCAGAGCACGCCAGGCCCUCUUGUCUUCCACUGCCUCCCGCAGUUUGGUCGAACUCAUGCUGGUGGCUUCGAGAACACUGUCCAACCAUCUCGUCCUCCGUCGUCCCCUUCUCCUUGCGCCCUCCAUCUUUCCCAACAUCAGGGUCUUUUCCAGGGAGUCUUCUCUUCUCAUGAGGUGGCCAAAGUCUUGGAGCCUCAGCUUCAGGAUCUGUCCUUCCAGUGAGCACUCAGGGCUGAUUUCCUUCCGAAUGGAGAGGUUGGAUCUUCUUGCAGUCCAUGGGACUCUCAAGAGUCUCCUCCAGCACCAGAAUUCAAAAGCAUCCAUUCUUCGGCGAUCAGCCUUCUUGAUAGUCCAGCUCUCACUUCCAUACAUCACUACUGGGAAAACCAGAGCUUUGACUACAGUGCUCCCUUGGGUUAAGUACUUAAUUUGUUCCGGAGGUCCGUUCUUAACCUGAAACUGUUCUUAACCUGAAGCACCACUUGAGCUAAUGGGGCCACCUGCUGCCGCCAAAGCACGAUUUCUGUUCUCAUCCUGAAGCAAAGUUCUUAACCUGAAACUAUUUCUGGGUUAGCGGAGUCUGUAACCUGAAGCAUAUGUAACCUGAAGCAUAUGUAGCCCGGGGUACCACUGUAUAAGCUAAACAAGCUCUAGCUUAGGGCCCCAAUCUCUUGGGGGCCCCAAAAAAAUUAAAGGGGAAAAAACCCUGAAUGCACAUUUCAAAAAUAUAAGAUAAAAAACAAAUGAAAUAAAACCUACAUCCAGCAACAGUGUUUUGUGUUGUGUAGGCUCCUCUGAUGUAAGUCAGUGGUGGCCAAACCUGGCUGUUUUGGGACUACAAUUCCCAUCAACCCUGACCACUGGUCCUGUUAGCUAGGGAUGAUGGGAGUUGUAGUCCCAAAACAGCUGGAGGGCCAAGUUUGGCCAUCACGGAUGUAAGUCAUGGGCCCCGCCUGCUCCCUAAAAUAUCCCUGCUUUGCUCCUUUCUAUAUAUAGGGUGCCUACAUUCUGCAUGGACUGGUUGCAGGGCAACAUGGGCAAAUGGCUUGAGAUACCUAUGAGGUCCAUCAAUUGCCAUAUAGCAUAUAUUCAACACAAAAACCAGCGACAAUUUGUUGUUGACAAAGGACAGCUGGACAUAGAAAGGGCCCCAAUAACUUCAGGAGCUUGGGGCCUCAUCAAACCUAAAUCCGGCCCAAAUCUUUUACAUCUCCAUUAUGCCCCAAAUUCAUCAUUAACCUACAAGUGUUAUUCCAGUCCUGCUAAUAGUUUUAACUGUUUGCAAUGGUUUUUUUUAAAGAUAAAUUAUAAAUUUCUCCCAUUCCUUAUUUUGAUCUUCCUGAUUUCUGAUUCUCCCGGUCAUUAUUUGCCAAUUUGGCACAAUCCUUCAACUGAAAAAUUAUUUUAAAAGAAUAUUAGACUCCCAGGUCCUAGUCUGAAACCCAGGAAAGGGAAAUCUAGAGUUUGCAAGAAAGGUUUGUUUUUUUAAUGUACACUUUUAUUUUAAAAAAUACACUCUCUUUUCCCUCCCUCUGCCCAGAAAUGGAGUUUGCCAAGGGACUUCAGAAGAUGGUUAAUUCCUGCAAACAGACCAUCAGUCAGGAGGUAAGACCGUCAUCCCAUAAUGCAGUUAGAGUGUAGCCCUUUCUGAAUUUAUUUAUUUUUUAUACCUGUUAUCUCACCUUUCCUCCAAAGCCCAACCUUUUCUUUUGGGUGUGGGGGCCGGGGAAGCAGACUAGUUGCAACCGACAAUUCCACGUUCUGAAUUUACCCCAAGAUACCGUAUUUUUCGCUCUAUAGGACGCACUUUCCCCCCUCCAAAAAUGAAGGGGAAAUGUGUGUGCGUCCUAUGGAGCGAAUGCAGGCUAAUUGGCUUCAGCGAUAGCAACGCGAAGCCUCAGAAGUGCAGAGUGAUGCUCUGAAAGGUGUUAAAAUAUGGUACAAAAAUAUCUUUAUAGCGAUUAGCAUGAGCAGUUAAGGUGAUUUUUUAAGAUUUAUAGCGGAACAAUUAUCCGUUCGCUUUAACUAUGAAUUCAUCAACUGCCUAGCUCUAGUCUUUUCACAUAAAUAACUUCUACGAUGCAAAGCGAAGCAAGAUUUCUCUGUUUCGUUCGGUCAACACUGAGUAGAACUAAAGUUUUGGGGCAAUUCUGUGACAACAGAGUCGAAGGACCAGGUGUUUUGUCUGCUUUCUGGUCCAGUUCUUUUCGCUCCUUGCGCAAACUGACCCCCGUUUUUCCUGCUUCUCAGCCUUUCAUGCCCUUUUUCUCCAUCUACUCCCUGGCGCUGGAGCAAGACGCCGAGUUCGGGGUCAACUCUCAGCAAGCGGCCGUCACCUUGAGGUCAGAAACAUUCCUGCAGGUAAGAGGGGAGCUGGUGGAAAGAGCACAUUCUCUCUUCUUUCCGAUGUGGCGGCAGUGACAGAUUUACCUACCAGCUAACCUAUCACAGAGCCUAGGGCUUGCCGAUCGGAAGGUCGGUGGUUCGAAUCCCCGCAACCGGGUGAGCUCCCGUUGCUCAGUCCCUGCUCCUGCCCACCUAGCAGUUUGAAAGCACAUCAAAGUGCAAGUAGAUAAAUAGGUACCGCUCCAGCGGGAAGGUAAACGGUGUUUCCGUGCGCUGCUCUGGUUCGCCAGAAGCGGCUUAGUCCUGCUGGCCACAUGACCCGGAAGCUGUACGCCGGCUCCCUCGGCCAGUAAAGUGAGAUGAGCGCCGCAACCCCAGAGUCGGCCACGACUGGACCUAACGGUCAGGGGUCCCUUUACCUUUACCUUUAAUGUUGUACUUGGCUGCUCAAGGGACGCGGAUGGCGCUGUGGGUUAAACCACAGAGCCUAGGGUUUGCCGAUCAGAAGGUCGGUGGUUCGAAUCCCCGCGAUGGGGUGAGCUCCGGUUGCUCGGUCCCUGCUCCUGCCAACCUAGCAGUUCGAAAGCACGUCAAAGUGAAAGUAGAUAAAUAGGUACUGCUCCGGCGGGAAGGUAAACGGCGUUUCCAUGCGCUGCUCUGGUUCUCCAGAAGCGGCUUCGUCCUGCUGUCCACAUGACCUGGAAGCUGUACGCCAGCUCCCUCGGCCAGUAAAGCGAGAUGAGCGCCGCAACCCCAGAGUCGGCCACGAGUGGACCCAAUGGUCAGGGGUCCCUUUACCUUUAAUCUAUCAAUCAAUCAAUCUAUCAAUCAAUCAGUAGCUGAACUGGGUUCCGCACAGUCACAAAAACAAAUGAACCAAAAAAGCCUCAGAAACGAAAACGCAAAAUAAAUAACAACAACAAAAGCACCCAACGUAAUCCGUUCUGGAAGUCCGUUUGACUUCUGAAAUGUUCAGAAACCAAGGCACGGCUUCUGAUUGGUGCAGGCGACCCGGAAACAAUAGCCGACAGCCGCAUUGGAUGUUUGGCUUCCAGAAAAUGCUCAAAAACCAGAACUUCUGGGUUUCCAGUGUUUGGGAACAAAGUCAUUUGGGUACCAAGGCAUUUGAGAACCAAGGUACCACAAUAUUGCAAUGUUGAAAACCAGAAGUCGCCCAGUUACAGCCAAAGGACUUAGCCACUCCUCAUCCCUCCCUGUUAUUUUUCCUCUUCAGCCGUUGGCAACCCGGCGCCUUGAGCACGAAAAACGUCGGAAAGAGGUCAAGGAGCAAUGGCACCGGGCUCAGCGGAAACUGGUGAGGAUCUGGGGCUCGGGGGGCAUUUAGCUGCGAUUCCCACAUUGCAGGGGGUUGCACAUAGACCUUCCAACUCCAAAUGCGUGGUGUCCGAGUUUUGAUUUUUCCUUCUCCCUCCCCGAUCCACUUUCCUUUAAUGCUGUGUCCUCUUAAGCUCGCAACCCCUGUUCUUUGGGUGAACCCAGGUGCUUUUAAACGGGCUGCGUGGGUAGGAUGGCCCGAAACAAAAGUAUGCAUCAGUUCAAAAUGCUGCAGACAGAAUAGAAGAAAAUAAAUUCAAAUCUGAGUGGCAUUGAACAACGUUACCACUUUUCCCCACGAUGGUGAGAAACCAUUAGUGAGCAGUCUCCAGUUUUGGUCAGUUAACCAGAUGCAAAGUCACCUGACAGUUUCCUCGUUCAACCAACAUUUUACCAACUUCUUAAUAAUAAGAAUAUUAUUAAUAAUUAUUUAUACCCCUCUCAUCUGGCUGGGUUUCUCCAACCACUCUGGGCAGCUCCAGAUAGAAUAUUAAAAACUUGAUAAAACAUCAAACAUUAAAAGCUUCCCUAAACAGGGCUGCCUUCAGAUGUCUUCUAAAAGUCAGAUAGUUGUUUAUUUCCUUGACAUCUGACGGGAGGGCGUUCCACAGGGCGGGCGCCACCACCGAGAAGGCCCUCUGCCUGGUUCCCUGUAACCUCAUUUCUCGCAGGGAGGGAACCGCCAGAAGGCCCUCGGAGCUGGAUCUCAGUGUCCAGGCUGGACGAUGGGGGUGGAGACGCUCCUUCAGGUCUACUGGGCCGUUUGGGGCUUUCAAGGUCAGCACCAACCCUUUGAAUUGUGCUCGGAAACAUCCUGGGAGCCAAUGCAGGUCUUUUGGGACCAGUGUUAUAUGGUCUCGGCGGCCGCUCCCAGUCCCCAGUCUAGCUGCCGCGUUCUGGAUUAGUUGUAGUUUCCGGGUCACCUUCAAAGGGAGCCCCACGUAGAGCGCAUGGCAGUAGUCCAAGCGGGAGAUAACCAGAGCAUGCACCCUAAAUAGGGCUGCUUUCAGAUGUCUUCUAAAAGUCAGAUAGUUGUUUAUAGUUGACAUCUGCUGGGUGGCCGUUCACAGGGCGGGCGCCACCACCGAGAAGGCCCUCUGCCUGGUUCCCUGUAACCUCGCUUCUCGUAGGGAGGGAACCGCCAGAAGGCCCUCAGAGCUGGACAUCCGUGUCCAGGCUGGACGAUGGGGGUGGAGACGCUCCUUCAGAGAAUACCAAGGGGCUUUGUCGCAAGCCUUACUGAAAUCAAGACAUACGAUGUCCCUUGCAUUCCCCUGAUCCACCGAUCUCAUAAUUCUUACUGAAAAUGAAACGAGAUUUUAAAAUGAUGGAAUAUAUGGAGCUGGCUGACCUUACUGGAAGAAUCCGUGACCAAAAAGAAGAGGAAUACCAAAAGGAGUGGAAGAAAUUUAAGGACUGUAUGAAUAAAUACUGUGAUAUCAAAACUUAGAAAUUACUUGAAAGUACCAGAAUAGGCCUAGGAUUAAAUUAAGAGUUAAUUAAAUAAUAAAAGAUUUAGAACCUAAAGGAAAGUUAAGAAAUUUUAUUUUAAUUGGAAUACUGUGUUUUUAAAGAAUGAUACCAGAAAACUGCUACAUUUUAAUUACAAGGAAAUUCAGAUGGGGGAGCCCAGUGGAAGCCCAAAAUAUGUUUAUGAGGUUAGAAGUCUAAUUAAUUAAUUUGUGUUGUUUAGGUGAUUAGGUUGUUUAGGUAUUUAAGUACCUUGCUUUUUAUUUUCUUUUUUGUUUUUAUUUGUGAUAUUGUCUUUUUUCUUUUGUUUUUCCCCUCUGUUUUUCUUUUGCUGUGAUACGUGUUAUAUUUGUAAGAAACAUAAUAAAAAUUAUUUUAAGAAAAUGAAACGAGAUUUGUUUGGGAUGGCAUGUUUUUGGGAAGCAAGGCAGGGUCUUAACUUGUGUGGCCCCCCCAAUAGCAAGAGGCUGAGAGCAACCUCAGAAAAGCUCGCCAGAUGUACAUGCAGCGCUCGGAAGAGUCCGAAAAAGCCAAGCAUGUGAUGGUGAAGGCGGAAGAGGAGCAGCUGGGGUCCAGCGCAGGCAGCAGCACUGCGACCACUAAAGCCCUCGACAAGAAGAGGCGACUAGAGGAGGAAGCCAGGAACAAGGUGGGUCAGAAAGUGGGGAAGGGAGAAUGGACCCCUGAAAUGUGGGUCCCGAAUCUGUGCAGGAAAAACUGACGGGCAAAGGUCCAAUUUGCCAUCCUUCAGAACCACAAAGACGGCAACCUGCGCUCCUUUUUUCUUUUAUAGUAAUAAUAAUUUUAUUAUUUCUACCCCGCCCAUCUGGCUGGGCUUCCCCAGCCACUCUGGGCGGCUUCCAAGAAAAUAUUAAAAUACUGUAAUACGUCAAACAUUAAAAGCUUCCCUAAACAGGGCUGCCUUCACAUGUCUUCUAAAAGUCUGGUAGUUGUUGUUCUCUUUGACAUCUGGUGGGAGGUUGUUUCACAGGGCGGGCGCCACCACCGAGAAGGCCCUCUGCCUGGUUCCUUGUAACCUCGCUUCUCACAAUGAGGGAACCGCCAGAAGGCCCUCGGCGCUGGACCUCUGUGUCCGGGCAGAACGAUGGGGGUGGAGACGCUCCUUCAGGAAUACUGGACCGAGGCCGUUUAGGGCUUUCAAGGUCAGCACCAACACUUUGAAUUGUGCUCGGAAACGUCCUGGGAGCCAAUGUAGGUCUUUCAAGACCGGUGUUAUGUGGUUUCGGCAGCCGCUCCCAGUCCCCAGUCUGGCUGCCGCGUUCUGGAUUAAUUGCAGUUUCUGGGUCACCUUCAAAGGCAGCCCCACAUAGAGCACAUGGCAGUAGUCCAAGCGGGAGAUAACCAGAGCAUGCACCACUCUGGCGAGACAGUCCGCGGGCAGAUAGCGUCUCAGCCUGCGUACCAGAUGGAGCUGGUAAACAGCUGUCCUGGACACAGAUUUUAAAGAAAAGUUUUCAUUUAUACUUUUCAAGUCUAUGCAUUUCAUUAGUUAAACAAUCAAUUUGUCAUUUCAAAACCUGACUUCCUUCCCCGCUCUUUCUGCGGUUCCUUAAAAUUGUUUUUUAAUACCCAAAUUCGUUUCACCUGCUCAUUUAAUUAUCUGCAGUAAAUAUAUGCCCUUAUGAAAACUGCAGCUUAUUACGAUAAUCCUGCUAAUGUUUUUACCCGUUUCCAAUUUUUCUGUAAAUAUUCGAUAAGCCAUUUCCAUUCUUUUAUAAACAGUUUGUUAUCUUGAUUUCUUGUUGUUCUGGUAAGUGUCGCCAUUUCUGCAUAUUCCGUUGGAAGGUGGGCUCUGCUGUUCUUAACUCAAAGCAUUAUACAGUGGUACCUUGGUUCUCAAACUUAAUCCGUUCCAAAACCAAAGCGUUUCAAAACCAAGGCGUGCUUUCCCAUAGAAAGUCAUACAAAACGGAUUAAUCCGUUCCAGACUUUUAAAAACAACCCCUAAAACAGCAAUUCAACAUGGAUUUUACUAUCUAACGAGACCAUUGAUCCAUAAAAUGAAAGCAAUAAUCAAUGUACUGUACUAUAAAGUAGAUAAGGCAGUAUUGUAGAUGAUAAAAAUAAUGUUUUUAAAAAUUCUUGCCUGCACUGAUGAUAGUUCAUUGUUUGCAUGGGGGGCUUUUAUCCAUUUCCCCAGUUACACAAUCAAUCAAUCAAUCAAUCAAUCAGUGGCUGAACUGGGUUCCACAGUGUCACAAAAACAAAUGAACCGAAAAAGUCACGAAAACGCAAAAUAGAGCAAAAACAAAAGCACCAAACUUAAUCCAUUCCGAAAGUCCAUUUGAUUUCCAAAAUGUUCAGAAACCAAGGCGUGGCUUCUGAUUGGCGCAGGCGCCCCAGAAACAAUAGCUGACAGCUGCAUCGGACGUUUGGCUUCCAAAACUCCUUCAAAAACUGGAACACUUCCAGGUUUUCGGAGUUUGAGAACCAGGACGUUGUUUGAGAACCAAGGUACCAUUGUAUGCUUUCCUCAUAGCGGACUUGCACCAGAAGCUUAAAUCGUUAGCUUUGCCCCUUUUUUCUUGAGCUGAAAUAACAGGGGGCUCCUGUCCUCGCUGCCCAUCCCUUGCCUCUCUUGGCGACACUAACUCUCCUUGCCUGCUCCAGGCCGACGAGGCGAUGGCGACUUACCGGACGUGCAUCGCCGACGCCAACACGCAGAAACAGGAGCUGGAGGACACAAAAGUGACCGCCCUGCGGCAGCUCCACGAGGUGGUCAAACAGAGCGACCAGAUCAUCAAAUCGGUGGGUCUCUCGAGUACUCGGCGGCGUGAUUCUGAACAUCUCUCUGCCACUAGCAACUUGCUUUUCGUUUAAGCAGCAACCGAGACGCGUCCGUGGCCAACUUUGGUCACACUGUGAGCCUUGGCCUCCUCCAGGUUAAACAAGCAUUUUGGUCAGAAUAUAGGGAUCAUUGGUUCUUGCAACCACCGAUAAAAACUUCACCACUGCCAAUGUUCUAGCGUUUGUCCGGUCUUCCAAUAGGAACCUGACAUAGUGAGCCUCUGAUUUUCCCGGGAAAGGUACCAGCAAGGGUAGUAUCAGUUCAGCCCUGGCCUGCUCAUAUUUUGCACAAUGCAACAAAUAUGUUUUAUGGAGUCGAUGUCUUGAGCACACGAGCAAAGUCUGUCCUGGUAGGGAACUCCUCUCAACACUGCAGAAGGAAAGACGUUUAGUCUGGCUUUGGUGAAAAGCCUUCAAUAGUUUGGUACUGUCAGGUUUUUAAUGUAAGGUGUUAACUUAAAGACAUGCCCAUAUUGUACUCCUACUGCCAGCGGACUACAGACUGCGUGUGAUCGAGAUCGCAAGUCACUGUGUGCAUUAUCCCAUAAUCUUUGCUUUAACGUCUUUUGGGCGCCUUCAUAACCCAGGUAAUACAGUUGGGGGGGGGUGACAGACCAAUAGAGGUGGCUUUUUUAGCCAUGGUUUUCUGCCAUUUGCUGGUCAGGUGUUGGUACAAACCCUUCCCUAGAUCAAACACCGAAAUCCUGAGCCAAUGUCUUAGGGCAGCCCACCACGCUUUAGUUGAAAUUGGGCAUUCACCAGCUUCUAACAGAAGUAUGGAGUUGGGGACACAGUUGGGUAUAUUAUAUAUAUAUAUAUAUAUAUAUAUGUUCUUGAAGCUACCAGCAUGAGUUUGAUCAAACUGCGGGAGGCAGUGGAGGACAGAAGUGCCUGGCGUGCUCUGGUCCAUGGGGUCACGAAGAGUCGGACACGACUAAACGACUCAACAACAACAUAUAUAUAUAUUGUUGUUGAGUCGUUUAGUCAUGUCCGACUCUUAUAUAUAUAUACACACACACCGUAUUUUUCGCCCUAUAGGACGCACUUUUUCCCCUCCAAAAAUGAAGGGGAAAUGUGUACGCGUCCUAUGGGGCGAAUGCAGGCUUUUGCUGAAGCCUGGAGAGCGAAAGGCGUCGGUGCGCACCGACCCCUCUCGCUCUCCAGGCUUCAGGAAGCUGUCCGCAAGCCUUGCGCGCCCGGAGGGAGUUCCCGGAGCACGGAGCGGCUGGGGGGGGGAAAUAAUUUUUUUUUAUUCAUUCCCCCCCCCCCCCCAAAAAACGAGGUGCGUCCUAUAGGCCAGUGCGUCCUAUAGGGCGAAAAAUAUUUUAUAUAUAUAUAUAUAUAUAUAUAUAUAUAUAUAUAUAUAAAAAUAAUGGUGGUGAUGGUGAUGAAAGGUAAAUUUGAUUUGUCUUCUUGCUGGAACCUGAAUUAUGCAAAGUCGACAACUUGCAGCUCUACAUUUCCAACGGUUCUGCGGCAGGUCGGAUCAGAGGCAUAUCGUGGGUUGCCAGUGCCCGGGGCCUUGGGGAGGGGAGGGGGACGGACGGAGUAUGCAUGCACAUUGCGACCACAGAGAUAAGAAAAGAGUCGUUCCGGUGUCAGGAGAGGUCCCUCCCUGCUUCGUUCUCAACAGAAGCGCACAGCUGUGUCGGCAUAGCGCCGGGUGUCAAAAUUCGGUGCCCCUAAUGGUUCUGCGUCGCCACGGGCACCCCCUUCCCUUGCUACACCACUGCGAUGGAUCAGACCCAUAGCUGUCAAGCGUCCCUUAUUUGGCGGGAAAGUCCCUUAUCCCAGCGCCGUGUCCCACUGCUGCCCCUUAUUGAUGAUGUCCCUUCAAUUUCCCUGGUUUCAAAGGAAGCAGCUCCUCUCCCUCUCUCCCUGCCGGCCAGGGAGGAGGGAGGCUCCAACUGCGUUGCUUGGCUGCGUUGCUCACCCAAUAAGGAGUCUUAAGAACGACUGGGGGGUGGAGCUUGCAUGCCUUCUGCCGAUCAAAUCGGCCGCGUUGCCUGGGGACUCGCCUUUGCUCAGCGCUUCCCAGCGGAGAGGUGACGGUGGUUUUCCUUCCUGCGUCCCCUUUGCCGGGUUGCUGCGCUGUGGGAACCACCGCUUGAGGCUUCGUUUGGCUGCUGGCUGGGCUUUCUGCCUUUGGCUCGGAGGGGCUCAGAAGUCGAACAUACCAGGGCUCGGAAAAUCCCUUAUUUUGGCUGCUGAUCCCUUAUUCCCGAGGCUGCUGGUCCUUUAUUUUCAAAUCUGCAAGUUGACAGCUAUGAUCAGACCUCCUGCUGCCUUUCCUCUGACGUGUGUCCCCUGCUUUUUCCGUCCGCAAUCUCCAGGCCACCAUCUCCUUCUUCCAAACCAUGCACAUGCAGACAGCCCCUCUGCCCGUCUACUUCCAGACGCUGUGCGAGAGCAGCAAACUCUACGACCCCGGGCAGCAGUACGCCUCACACGUCAAGCAGCUGCAGCGGGGAGACGAGCCCGAGACCCAGUACGACUUCGAGCCCUACGUCUCCAACAACAGCUGGUUGGUGCUCCCGGAUUCCAAUCCUGCCCCUACCCCUUUCCAGUUCCCGAGGGAAGGCGCUCAGGGAAGGUCAGAGGCAGAACAACUGCUCUGCGUGUAGAAGGCAACGGGUUCAAACCCUCAUGGAGUUUCUGGGAAGGUUAGAUGGAACGCGAGAUUCUUGACCUCAAGGUCGCGGGUUCGAACCCCAUUUUGUGCAAAAAAAAUUCUAGCCUUGCAGGGGGUCAGACUGGAUGACCCCCCGAGGUCCCCUUCCAACUCUACAGUUCUGAUUUUAAAGUACUGAGCGAGUGUUCUGCUACAACAGGGAACCUGACUUGCAUUGCCAAGCUUUGCAGCUGCAGUAUUUUAUUAUUAUUAUUAUUAUUAUUAUUAUUAUUAUUAUUAUUAAUUGCUUACACAUGACCCAUCUGUCUGGGUUUCCCCAGCCACUCUGGGCUGCUCCAGACAGAAUAUUAAAAACAUAAUAAAACAUCAGACAUUAAAAACUUCCCUAAACACGGCUGCCUUCAGAUGUCUUCUAAGAUUCAGAUAGUUGUUUAUUUCCCCCACAGGUCUCCUCUGGCCCGGGCGAGAAAAAGCAGUUUCACCACCGGCGAUUUACCAGCAGCGAGCGGAUCUGAAGCGUCCGGCAAAGAGGCGGCGGCUUCAGAGGGCGAGGGAGCGCAGAGCCGGCCGGCCAACCCCGAGCGACGAGGUGAGUCUUCUUUCGCACUCGCAGCCCUCGAUAAAAGCUGCACACACACACACACCUCAAUUUUUGCAGUCAGGACAAAUUCGGCAAGAUUGCAACUCGUGCAAAAAAACCGCUUAGCAGAGCUUCCAUGGCGGCAGGCAGUCUACCGCCUUUUGCAACACCUGCAGGGAGCAAAUGGCAAGCAAGGAAUCCUGAAUCUUCAGAGGCAUUUCCGAGUAACCUAAGGAAUAAAAUACCGUAUUUUUCGCUCUAUAAGAUGCACCAGACCACAAGACGCACCUAGUUUUUGGAGGAGGAAAACAAGGGAAAAAAUAUUCUGAAUCUCAGAAGCCAGAACAGCAAGAGGGAUCGCUGCGCAGCGAAAGCAGCAAUCCCUCUUGCUGUUCUGGCUUCUAUUGAUAGCUGCGCAGCCUGCAUUCGCUCCGUAAGACGCACACACAUUUCCCCUUACUUUUUAGGAGGGAAAAAGGGAGUCUUAAAGAGCAAAUAAUACGAUAUUUGAAAAAUUAAUUUAGGCAAUAAUUAAAACACUUGGGUAAAGAUAUAUACAUAUCUAUGAAAACAAUUCUAUACACAUAUGUUAUAUAUAAAAUGCACACCUUUCCAAUUCCUGAAAGGGACAGUCUCGCAAAGGCAGGGAAUUUCGCCACGCCCAAACUCAAAACGACCCGGUAACAAAACCUUGCCCUGUAAUUGGCUCCUCAGGUGGGCGGGGCCACCAGCUGCACAAAUCGUGGCCGACGGCUAUUGCGGAGACAAAGGGCAGCCUUGAAUCCGGUCCCACCGCGAGCUCAGGUAGAGUCACAAAGACUUGGCCGGGACCCCGUGGGGUCAUCCAUCCCAACCCCCCGGCGAUGCAGGAACCCUGGCCCACAAGUUGGGUGGUCUUGAACCACCCACCUCCCUGGCUAUUGGGAAUCUCUGUAGGCCAUGCCCCUUUUCCCCAGACCCCGCCCCUUCUUUGCGCCCGGGUGGGACAUAAAGAGAGCCGGGUGCGAAUGUGCUUUGGCUUUGAUCUCCCCGCCUGACAUCAGGUUUCCUUCUCGGGUAGGUGGGUUCCCCCAGAAGUCCCAGUCGGUGCCAAGUAACGGGACGUCUCCCGGCGACGAGUCGGACGGGAAUUCGCCUUCCUUUGAGCAAAGUACGUUCUGGGGGGCAGAAGUGCAGCCCGUUGUUAGCCGAGGGGUGGGGUAGGGGGUCCGGCGUGGAAGGGGGCAAGGAAGAUACCCGGUGGUCCUGAGGACAAGAGACACAGUAGCAUGGAAUACGGGAUUGCAGGGGGCAGGGAUUGCCUGCUAGCGGCAGAAUAUGUGCAAUACAACAGAGCCUUUGUACUUGGGGCCCACUGCAACAGCGACACCUAGCGGCAGAUCGUAUGCAUUACAAUACAGUGUCACGUUAGCGACCUCUAGGGGCAGAAUGUACACAAUACAACACAGCCUUUGUAUUUGGGGUGCAACUGCAAACGAAAACGCAAAAUAAAUAGCAAAAACAAAAGCGCCAAACUUAAUCCGUUCCGGAGGUCCGUUUGACUUCUGAAAUGUUUGAAAAUCAAGGCGCGGCUUCUGAUUGGCGAAGGCGCCCCAGAAACAAUAGCCGAGUCAGACGUUCGGCUUCUGAAAAACGUUAGAAAACCACUUACUUCCGGGGUUUUGGCGUUUGGGAACCAAGGCGUUUGAGAACCAAGGUACCACUGUAUUUACAUUCCAGUCGUUCGAAUUGCUCUCGUUUGCACCUUGAAAGCAGGACUUUUGGGGCAGCUAAACCAGAUGUGCUGGUCCCGAGGGUUAACCGUGCGGCAAGGUCCGAGUCCAGUCCGAGAGUGUGGUAUGGAGGCUGUCUGUCAAAGCUGAAGCUGGGUCCAAGGCAGGGAGUCGGGUGAGAUCAAGAACUCUGGCAGAAGAGCAGGACAGGGUGCCGGCAGGAACAGGCUACCAACAACAUUGCUCCCGCAACUUGGGACUGGGGCUGACUGGCUUUUAUCUGCCCCGAGGCAUAGGGCAGCCCCGGUCCACAGGUGACUCGCCUCUCCUGGCCUGGAGGUGAGCCCUCCUCCUGCGGGAACUUCGUUCCCUCUGCCUCUCUGCCCUGAGCCUCUGCAGCUCAGGAGAGGCUGGAGGGUUACCGGACCCAGAGGCAACCUCAGCUUCCUCUGCCGGGGCUGAGAGUGGAGCACCUGCAGGCAAUGGGUCCUCCAUCACCUCAGGAGCCAGAGCAGACUCACCUGAGGAUCCAGCACAGGUGAGGACCCUUCAGGCUCAGGCCCCAGCCCCGGCUCAGCUGGUUCUGGAGGUGGGGACUCCUGUGCAGGCUGGGAUUCCUCAGGUUCAGCCUCCGAGUCCGAAUCCCAGGCCGUCACACCGGCCCUUUCCCCUCCCCGAUUCCCAGGUAUCGACGACAUGACCCCGGAGAUCUCGACGCCCACCGGCCCUUUCCGCCACAUGGGCUUAUCCAAAGCUGCGCAGACCCAUCGUCUGAGGAAGCUGCGGACCCCUUCAAAAUGCAGGGAGUGCAACAGCUACGUUUAUUUCCAAGGAGCCGAGUGCGAGGAGGUAGGAAGCGUGCAAAUUCCCAAAUUGAAGGGGGGUUGGGUUGGAUGACCUUUGGGGAAAACCCUCCUUCCAACUCUACGAUUCUACGAUUCCAUUUUGAGUGGGGGGGUCCCCACUCCGAGGGCCACAUGCCCCUCCUUUCUUGCUCGCAGAAAGUGGAGCAGGAGAUGAAAACGUCACCUUGCUCAUGCAUCUAAAACAGGGGUCAGCAACCUUUUUCAGCCAUGGGCCAGUCCACCGUCCCUCAGACCUUGUGGGGGGCCGGACUAUAUUUUGAAAAAAUAAUGAACGAAUUCCUAUGCCCCACAAGUAACCCAGAGAUGCAUUUUAAAUAAAAGGGCACAUUCUACUCAUGUAAAAACACCAGGCAGGCCCCACAAAGAACCCAGAGAUGCAUUUUAAAUAAAAGGACACAUUCUACUCAUGUAAAAACACGCUGAUUCCCGGACUGUCCGCGGGCAGGAUUGAGAAGGCGAUUGGGCCGGAUCCAGCUCCCAGGCCUUAAGUUGCCUAAGGUAAAGGUAAAGGGACCCCUGACCAUUAGGUCCAGUCGUGGCCGACUCUGGGGUUGCAGUGCUCAUCUCGCUUUACUGGCCGAGGGAGCCGGUGUACAGCUUCCGGGUCAUGUGGCCAGCAGGACUAAGCCGCUUCUGGCGAACCAGAGCAGCGCAUGGAAACGCCGUUUACCUUCCCGCCGGAACGGUACCUAUUUAUCUACUUGCACUGGUGUGCUUUCGAACUGCUAGGUUGGCAGGAGCAGGGACCGAGCAACGGGAGCUCACCCCUUCAUUGCGGGGAUUCGAACCGCCGACCUUCCGAUCGGCAAGUCCUAAGCUCUGUGGCUGAACCCACAGCGCCACCCGCGCCCCUUAAGUUGCCUACCCCUAGUCUAAAAGCAGCCGGGGGGUGCAGGGCAAGCAGCGCCACCCGGUGGCCCUUUGUAGAACUGAGGGCACCCUCCUCUCACGUUGCUGGUUUUUUCCCUGCCUCCGUCGCCCGCAGUGCUACCUCGCCUGCCACAAAAAGUGCCUGGAGACACUGGCCAUUCAAUGCGGACACAAGAAGCUCCAGGGGAAAUUGCAGCUGUUCGGAAGGGACUUUGCCCAGCAGAGCCGCCUCAGUUCCGACGGGGUUCCUUUCAUCGUGAAGAAGUGUAUCUGCGAGAUCGAGAGGCGGGCGAUGAAGACCAAGGUGAGCAGGGUGGAUAAAAGAAACCCCAUUCAGAUUUUAUCUUGGUUGUGGUCAGGGCUGUCUUAAGCUUACCCGGCGCCGUGGGGCAAAGAUCCUAUCAGCACCACCCCCCUCCCAGAGUUGCUGAUCUUUUUUAAGGAGGGCGACACGCCCAGCUUUGCAGGGCUGAAGGAGGCGGGCAUAAUAAUAAUAAUAAUAAUAACGUUGUUUAGUUGUUUAGUCGUGUCCGACUCUUUGUGACCCCCUGGACCAGACACCAGACUCUUUGUGACACCAGGCCUUCCUGUCUCUUUGUCCAUGGAGUUUUCUUGGCAGGGAUACUGGAGUGGCUUGCCGGUUCCUGCUCCAAUAAUAAUAAUAAUUAAUAAUAAUAAUAAUAAUAAUAAUUUAUUAUUUAUACCCCGCCCAUCUGGCUGAGUUUCCCCAGCCACUCUGGGCGGCUCCCAAUCGAGUCUUUCAGUUCUUUCAGAUGAUAUUAUCCUGUCAGUAAAGGUAAAGGUAAUUUUCCCAAAAUUUUAAACAAACACAGACAUACAUCUUAACUGUACUUGAUCCAAUCUUAGUAACAUUGUUAAGUGACUUCCUCAAAUCCCCCUGGCUGUGUAUCAUUGUAACAGUUUUCCAAAAACUAUUUUCUCAUAAAAUUAACUGAAUCCCUUAACCUCUUACUUUGUUUUUGUUUUGACUUUAAACAUAUUCUUCUCUAAAAAUCACACAAUUAAAUCCUAAGCCUAUCUGGAAUUUGCAAGCUUUUCCAAUGAAGAUUUAACGAAAUAGUCUUUGAAUUUCAUCCAUUCCUCCUGGUACUCCUCCUCCUUCUGGUCGCGGACUUUUCCAGUCAUGCAGAAAAUCAUUAUUAUCCCCUAUUAAAUUGCCCUGUUGUUGGAGCUUUGCGAUCGAUCGGUGGGUUUCGGGUUGCAACUUUGGACACUUGGUCUCUAAACGGUUCGCCACCAUUGCUCUAGGGCAUCUACCGCGUCAACGGCGUAAAGACCCGCGUGGAGAAGCUGUGCCAGGCCUUUGAGAAUGGGAAAGAGUUGGUCGAGUUGUCCCAGGCCUAUCCUCACGACAUCAGCAACGUUCUGAAGCUCUACCUGCGGCAGGUGAGUCUCCCCGGGGCGGUGCGUGGGACCUGGGCGCAUAGCUGUCAACUUACAGAUUUGGAAAUAAGGGACCAGUGGCCUUGAAAAUAAGGGAUCAGCAGCCAAAAUAAGGGAUUUUAGUCACCCAGCAGCCAAACGAAGCCUCUAGCGGUGGUUCCCACAGCGCAGCAACCCGGCAAAGGGGAUGCAGCAAGGAAAACCACCGUCACCUCUCCGCUGGGAAGCGCUGAGCAAAGGCGAGUCCCCAGGCAACACGGCUGAUUUGAUUGGCACAAGGCAUGCAAGCGCCACCCCCCAGUCGUUCUUAGACUCCUUAUUGGGUGAGCAACGCAGCCGAGCAACACAGUUGGAGCCUCCCUCCUCCCUGGCCGGCAGGGAGGGAGGGAGAGGAGCUGCUUUCUGUGAAACCCGGGAAAUUGAAGGGACAUCAUCAAUAAGGGACAGCAGCGAGACACGGCGCUGGGAUAAGGGACUUUCCUGCCAAAUAAGGGACAGUUGACAGCUAUGCCUGGGUGGUCUUUGGGCUGCAAGGCGGCAAUAUUGAGGGCUCCCUUCUCCAUGCGGAGAAGGAAGAAACACUUGAUUUUAGGACAGGCAUGGGCAAACUCCGGCCCUCCAGAUGUUUGGGACUACAAUUCCCAUCAUCCCUGACCACUGGUCCUGUUAGCUAGGGAUGAUGGGAAUUGUAGUCUCAAACAUCUGGCGGGCCAGAGUUUGCCUAUGUCUGUUUUAUGACCACGGUGUCCGCAGGUCGUAGAAUCGUAGAAUUGUUGGAAGGGACCCCAGUCCAACCGCUUGCAAUGCAGGAAUCUUGGCUAGGGCACCCAUGGCACAUGGCCACCCAACCACUGCUUUAAAAACCUCCCAGGGUAGGAGAGUUCGCCAUCUUCCAUCCUAUGGCCCAACAGCUCUUACCGUCAGAAAAUUCUUCCUGAUGUUUAGUCGGAAUCUCCUUUCAUAGAAUUGUAGAGGUGGGGUGUCCAAUACUGUCCCAUACAGAAAUCAAACCCGUGACCUCGGUGUUACAGGCACCACACUCUUACUUGAAUCUGUUGGUUCAGGAGUAAACAAGCUUGCUCCAUCUCCCAUGUGACAGCCCUUGAGAUAUUUUAAGUUGGCAGUCAUGAACGCCUCUCCAUUUUCCCUCCUCCAGACCAGACAUGUUGUUGUUGUUUAGUUGUGUCCGCCUCUUCGUGACCCCCUGGACCAGAGCACACCAGGCCCUCCUGUCUUCCACUGCCUCCCGCAGUUUGGUCAAACUCAUGCUGGUAGCUUCGAGAACACUGUCCCACCAUCUCGUCCUCUGUCGUCCCCUUCUCCUUGUGCCCUCCAUCUUUCCCAACAUCAGGGUCUUUUCCAGGGAGUCUUCUCUUCUCAUGAGGUGGCCAAAGUCUUGGAGCCUCAGCUUCACGAUCUGUCCUUCCAGUGAUCUGUCCUUCCAUCUGUCCUCCUCACUGGAAGACCAGACAUAGCUUAGUAAUAAUGAUGAUGAUGAUGAUAUAAUAUUAAUUUAUUACUUAUACCCUGCCCAUCUGGCUGGGUUUCCCCAGCCACUCUGGGCGGCUCCCAAAAUAUUAAAAACACGAUAAAACACCAAACAUUAAACACUUCCCUAAACAGGGCUGCCUUCAGAUGUCUUCUAAAAGUCAGAGAGCUGUUUAUUUCCUUUACAUCUGACGGGAGGGCACCACCACCGAGAAGGCCCUCUGCCUGGUUCCCUGUAACGUCACUUCUCGCAGGGAGGGAACUGCCAGAAGGCCCUUGGGAGAUGGACCCUGGUGUCCGGGCUGGACGAUGGCGGUGGAGACGCUCCUUCAGGUAUACUGGGCUGAUCAAGGACAUUAUAUCAUUGGCUGCAGCUCCCAGAACCCAUCAUGCCAUUCCGCAUGUACAACAGCCUUAUGGGGUUGGCCAAGGAGAGUGUGCAGGGAGGAGCCGAGGGCAGGCCCGGGAAGAGUAUCGCCGAGCUGGUGGACAGAGGACCCGAGACCGAGAAGGCGGUCGUGGCGCUGGUGACGAAGCUGAGGGACCUUCUGAAGGAGCUUCCGCCGGAGAACUUGUCCACCCUAAAGUACAUCGUUCAGCAUUUGAGGAGGUAAGUGGGAGAGGGAGGGGACAGCUGGCUGGAGACCCUGCCUCCAAUAAAAGGGGGGUGGUGAGAUUUUCACUCCCAGUGUGAGAGCCAGUGCGGUGUAGUGGUUAAGAGCGGUAGUCUCGGUAAUCUGGGGAACCGGGUUCGCGUCUCUGCUCCUCCACAUGCAGCUGCUGGGUGACCUUGGGCCAGUCACACUUCUCUGAAGUCCCUCAGCCCCACUCACCUCACAGUUUUUGUUGUGGGGGAGGAAGGGAAAGGAGAAUGUUAGCCGCUUUGAGACUCCUUAAAGGGAGUGAAAGGCGGGACAUCAAAUCCAAAUUCUUCUUCUUCUUCUUCCUUCUACAACAGCCGGUACAGUGGUCCCUUGGUUCUCAAACUUAAUCCGUUCCGGAAAUUCCGUUCCAAAACCAAAGCGUUCCAAAAGCGAGGCACGCUUUCCCAUAGGAAGUCAUGCAAAACGGGUUAAUCCGUUCCAGGCUUUGACAAACAACCCCUAAAACAGCAUGAUUUUUACUAUCUAAUGAGACCAGUGAAUCAUAAAAUGAAAGCAACAAUCAAUGUAGUGUACUGUAAAAUGAAUAAGCCAGUAUUGUAGACGAUAAGAUUUAAAAUUACUCUUUUUUCUUACCUGCACUGUUGAUCCUCAUUGUUUGGCCAGAGGGCUUUUAUCCAUUUCCGCAGCCACACAAUCAGUCAACCGGUAGCUGAACUGGGUUCCACAUAGUCGCAAAAGCAAAACGAGCUGCAAAAACUCAAAAUAAAUGGCGAAAACAGACAGAUCUCGGUGUAACACUCAAAACCAUAGCUGUCAACUGUCCCUUAUUUGGUGGGACAGUCGCUUAUCCCAGUGCUGUGUCCCGCUGCUGUCCCUUAUUGACGAUGUCCCUUCAAUUUCCCGGAUUUCAAAGGAAGCAGCUCCUCUCCCUCCCUCCCUGCCGGCCAGGGAGGAGGGAGGCUCCAACUGUGUUGCUUGGCUGCGUUGCUCACCCAAUAAGGAGUCUAAGAACGACUGGGGGGGUGGAGCUUGCAUGCCUUGUGCCGAUCAAAUUGGCUGCGUUGCCUGGGGACUCGCCUUUGCUCAGCGCUUCCCAGCGGAGAGGUGACGGUGGUUUUCCUUGCUGCAUCCCCUUUGCCGGGUUGCUGCGCUGUGGGAACCACCGCUUGAGGCUUCGUUUGGCUGCUGGCUGGGCUUUCUGCCUUUGGCUCGGAGAGGCUCAGAAGUCGAACAUACCAGCACUCUGAAAAUCCCUUAUUUUGGCUGCUGAUCCCUUAUUUUUGAGGCUGCUGGUCCCUUAUUUUCAAAUCUGUAAGUUGACAGCUAUGCUCAAAACGGAAGCGUAAACACUCAAAACGGAUCACGUUUGGCUUCCAAAAACAGUUCCCAAACCGGAACACUUCCUUCCGGGUUUGGGUUCCAAGUUGUUUGAGUACCAAGGCCUUUGAGAACCAAGGUACCACUGUAUUUAGAAUUAGAAGUCCCCGCUCCCUCGGUGCUGCAAAUCAGACCUAAGUUCCCUUGUGAACUGUGUUGUCCUGCCCGUUCUCCCCCCAGGAUCGUCGAAGUCGAACAAGAAAACAAGAUGACCCCUGGCAAUCUGGGCAUCGUCUUUGGCCCCACGCUGAUGCGCCCGAGACCCACGGAAGCCACCGUUUCCCUCUCCUCGCUGGUCGACUACCCGCAUCAAGCCCGCAUCGUCGAGGCCCUCGUAACCUUCUACCCUGCCAUCUUCGAAACCGGCAGCGCUUUGCCGGAAAACCCCGAAGACGCGGUUCGGGAAGACGCCGACGCGGCUGAGAACCAGGUAAGGGGGGAAACAUUUCAGAGAGGGUUGCUGUUGCAGAGGGAGAGCUCCCUGCGCGGGGACUUCCGCUGCUGGAUUUGUGGGAAUAUUCAGGGUGGCAGGAGACAAUGUAUUAUUUAAUAUCCUUCCUACCUUAACGCGGAUGGCGCUGUGGGUUAAACCACAGAGCCUAGGACCUGCCGAUCCAGAAGGUCGGUGGUUCGAAUCCCCGCAAUGACAGGGUGAGCUCCCGUUGCUCGGUCCCUACUCCUGCCAACCUAGCCGUUCGAAAGCACAUCAAAGUGCAAGUAGAUCAAUAGGUACUGCUCCUGCGGGAAGGUAAACGGCGUUUCCGUGCGCUGGUCUGGUUUGCCAGAAGCGGCUUAGUCCUGCUGGCCACACGACCCGGAAGCUGUACGCUGGCUCCCUUGACCAGUAAAGCGAGAUGAGCGCCGCAACCCCAGAGUCGGCCAUGACUGGACCUAAUGGUCAGGGGUCCCUUUACCUUUACUAUAAUAUAGAACAGAGCCUAGGACUUGCUGAUCAGAAGGUCGGCGGUUCGAAUCCCCGCAAUGACGGGGUGAGCUCCCGUUGCUCGGUCCCUGCUCCUGCCAACCUAGCAGUUCGAAAGCACCUCAAAGUGCAAGUAGAUAAAUAGGUAAUGCUCUGGCGGGGAGGUAAACGGCGUUUCCAUGCGCUGCUCUGGUUCGCCAGAAGUGGCUUAGUCCUGCUGGCCACAUGACCCGGAAGCUGUACACCGGCUCCCUUGACCAGUAAAGCGAGAUGAGCGCCGCAACCCCAGAGUCGGCCGCGACUGGACCUAAUGGUCAGGGGUCCCUUUACCUUUAAGAUAGCAAAAAUGUAUAGAACAAGCACAAAUAUCUGCUGGAAAUGUAAAGAAAAGGUAACAAAACUUGGUAACGAAAACUAUGUAUGCUGGUACUGUGGGUUACCUGAGAGGCGAGGUCCAAGUCCUGUCCGUGGACAAAGGUGCAACGUGGAGGCAGUCCGUAGUUGCUGAAGUUGGGUGCAGGGCAGGGAGUCGGGUGAAGUCAGGAACAGGCUUGCAAGCAGGGAGCCAGGGCAGGUCAGGAGCUCAGGCAGAAGAGCAGGACAGGGUUCAAACAGGAACUAGCAACCAACAAUGUUGCUCCCGCAACUUGGGACUGGGGCUGGCCGGCUUUUAUCUGCCCCGAGGCAUAGGCCGGCCCCGAUCCUCUGGUGACUCGCCUUUCCUGGCCUGGAGGCGAGUACUCCUCCUGCGGGAACUUAGUUCCUUCCGCCUCUCUGCCCUGAGCCUCUGAAGCUCAGGAGAGGCUGGAGGGUUACUGGACCCAGAGGCAACCUCAGCUUCCUCUGCCGGGGCUGAGAGUGGAGCACCUGCAGGCAAUGGGUCCUCCAUCACCUCAGGAGCCAGAGCAGACUCACCUGAGGACCCAGCACAGGUGAGGACCCUUCAGGCUCAAGCCCCAGCCCCAGCUCAGCUGGUUCUGGAGGCGGGGAAUCCUGUGCAGGCUGAGAUCCCUCAGGUUCAGCAUCCGAGUCCCAAUCCCAGGCCAUUACACUCAGGCUCGGACUCAGAUGGAUAAAAAACGUGGAUAACUGAUUGAUAUGCAGUUGUGGUGGCGCUGUGGGUUAAACCACAGAGCCUAGGGCUUGCUGAUCAGAAGGUCGGUGGUUCGAAUCCCCGCAACGGGGUGAGCUCCCGUUGCUCGGUCCCUGCUCCUGCCAACCUAGCAGUUCAAAAGCACAAAGUGCAAGUAGAUAAAUGGGUACCACUCCGGCGGGAAGGUAAACGGCGUUUCCGUGUGCUGCUCUGGUUCGCCAGAAGCGGCUUAGUCCUGCUGGCCACAUGACCUGGAAGCUGGACGCCGGCUCCCUCAGCCAAUCAAGCGAGAUGAGCGCCGCAACCCCAGAGUCGGUCACGACUGGACCUAAUGGUCAGGGGUCCCUUAACCUUUACCUUUAUGCAGUUGUAAAUGUUGAUAUUAGGAUCCAUGGAGGCGAUGGGGGUGAAGUUUUGAGAUUCAGAACAAUCUCUUUAUAAUGGGUUUGCAAUGGAUAUUGUUGUACAUUUAUUUUUUGUAAUCAAAUAAAAAACGUUAUUUUAAAAAAUAAAUAAAAUACCUCAGCAAUGUCUUGCAUUCUACAUGCAGGAAGACGCAUGCCAGCCGUCGGACGACACAGACCUGUACCUCACGGCCUCCGCUGAACAGGCAGAGGCUGCUUUUCACGAGGACCUGUACAGAGGUGAGGCGGAACACACCUGUCCGAAGGUUGGACGCUGCGUGAUAAUACUAUAAUUUUCUUUCUACAGUUUAUUAUACCCUCCCAGCUUCACCUUAAGGUUCCCAGGCGGGUGGCGGAAAUUAAAACACAAGGUGGAAACGCAGUUUGAAACCACGGCAGUCCCAUACUGUCAGUGCAGGGACGCACUUGCAGUCUCUCUCUCUCAGCCGGCUCGCCUCGCAGGGUUAGUUUGAGGAUAAAAUGGGGACGGUGAGCCACGAAUACAGAUCUCCUUGGCAGAAGGACAAGGGAAUAAAAAAAGGAAGGCAGUACAGUGGUACCUCGGGUUACAUACACUUCAGGUUACAGACUCUGCUAAACCAGAAAUAGUACCUCGGGUUAAGAACUUUGCUUCAGGAUGAAAACAGAAAUCGUGCUCCAGCGGCAGCAGGAGGCCCCAUUAGCUAAAGUGGUGCUUCAGAUUAAGAACAGACCUCCGGAACAAAUUAAGUACUUAACCCGAGGUACUAAUGUAAUGGGUUGCAUGUCCAGAAAGUGGUGUUAGGGGGUGAGUUUUCAGACCCCUGGGCCCUCACUUGUGGGGUGCCUCAUGGUUCCGUCCUCUCCCCCAUGCUUUUUAAUAUCUAUAUGAAGCCGCUAGGAGAGAUCAUCAGGGUGUUGGGGCUGGGUGUUCACCAACAUGCGGAUGACACCCAGCUCUACCUCUCUUUUAAAUCAGAACCAGUGAAGGUCCUGUGUGAGUGCCUGGAGGUGGUUGGAGGAUGGAUGGCGGAUGAGGUUGAAUCCUGACAAGACAGAAGGACUGUUUUGGGGGGACAGGGGGCAGGCAGGUGUGAGGGAUUCCCUGGUCCUGAAUGGGGCAACUGUGCCCCUGAAGGACCAGGUACGCGGCCUGGGGGUCAUUUUGGACUCGCAGCUGUCCAUGGAGGUGCAGGUCAAUUCUGUGUCCAGGGCAGCUCCAUCUGGUACGCAGGAUGAGACCCUCCCUGCCCGCAGACUGUCUGUCCAGAGUGGUGCAUGCUCUGGUUAUCUCUUGCUUGUACUGCCAUGUGCUCUCCGUGGGGCUACCUUUGAAGGUGACCUGGAAACUACAACUAAUCCAGAAUGCGGCAGCCAGACUAGGGACUGGGAGCGGCUGCCGAGACCAUAUAACACUGGUCCUGAAAGACCUACAUUGGCUCCCAGUAUGUUUCCAGGCACAAUUCAAAGUGUUGGUGCUGACCUUGAAAGGCCUAAAUGGCCCUGUAUCCCUGAAGGAGCGUCUCCAACCCCAUCGUUCAGCCCGGACACUGAGGUCCAGCUCCGAGGGCCUUCUGGCGGUUCCCUCCCUGCGAGAAGUGAGGUUACAGGGAACCAGGCAGAGGGCCUUCCUGGUGGUGGCGCCCGCCCUGUGGAACACCCUCCCGUCUGAUGUCAAGGAAAUAAACAACUAUCUCGGAAGGCAGCCCUGUUUAGGGAAGUCUUUAAUGUUUGAUGCUUUAUGGCGUUUUUAAUAUUCUGUUGGGAGCCGCCCAGAAUGGCUGGGGAAACCCAGCCAGAUCGGCAGGGUAUAAAUAAUAUACAGUGGUACCUCAGGUUAAGUACUUCAUUCGUUCCGGAGGUCCGUUCUUAAGCUGAAACUGUUCUUAACCUGAAGCACCACUUUAGCUAAUGGGGCCUCCCGCUGCCGCCAUGCAGUUUCUGUUCUCGUCCUGAAGCAAAGUUCUUUACCUGAGGUACUAUUUCUGGGUUAGCGGAGUCUGUAACGUGAAGCGUAUGUAACCUGAGGUACCACUGUAUCAUUAUUAUUAUAAUUAUAAUUAUUAUUAUUAUUGAGGAUAAAAUGGGGAACCCACACAGAUCUCCUUGGCAGAAGCAUAAUGGAGUAGAGAAAGGAAGGCAGUAAUGAGUUUCAUUUUAUCCCAACACAGAAGACAGCACCCGUUUCAUCGAUUCCGACUCUGAUCCAGAAGACUCCGCAGAGGCGGGCAUCGAGGGGCCCCCGCGGCGAGGCAGCGAGACCAGCGGCGACGAGGAGACCCCGUCUGCGGACGAAGCCAGCGAGGAAGGGACGCUGAGCCGCACUUACAGCGUCGGUCAGUCGGACUCCGAAGACGUCUCUCCGCUGCAGCGCUGCCCGGCCCGGGAGGAAGGCCGCUGCAAUGUGGACGAAGAUGCGGUUUUCGGGAGAGAGGGCGACGGGGAGAGUGCGGAAGGGCAGGCGGGAAGGCCGCUGGAAGGUUGCAACACCAACCAGUCGAACAACGUGGCGUUUCCGCAACCGCCUUUCGGCUACAAGGCGUUAGAGUAGCUUCCCCAGCCUCGAAAACGGGAAUGAAAGAACAGUCCGCCAACGAAGAAAAGCCAAGUCCUCCAGUUCUUGGUGCCCUAUCUAACCCGCCUUUUCAACGCAAACCUGGUUAUCCUUUCACCUGUUUUGCGAUUGGCCGCGAAACCGGAGCGUGCCGAAAUUAAGGUUUUUGUGUGGUUUAGCACGCUCCCAACCUCUUUUGCACGAGCGGCGUGUUAAAAAGAACAGUCCCAGAUACAACGCCAUCGCAAUUUAUAUUUGCACCGUCCUGUCCUUGUUUGCAGAGGUUCUCGGUUCUCUGCCAGAAACUACCCGGAAAAGCAGCCCCUUUCAAAGUACUGAUUUGAAGGAUCUUCACUUUAGCAAAGCAGAACUCUUUGUUUAUUUUGCUACGGAUAGGGUUGGGUUUUUAAAUGCCAGCCCCUUCAGCUAUGUCAUUGUGUUGUUUUUAAAAAAAGUCAGGGUACAAACUGACCGUGGGGGAGGCUUGCUGGAUUACGUGGUACUCGAAAGGUUGUGAUCCAUCCUUUCCGGGAAGCAAGCGCCGUCGCGGACUUGCUACUGAACAGACAAGCGCCGAUUGCAGCCUGCUGGCGACGGUCGCAGUUUGCUUUCUGCAGUCUCCUCCAAAAAAAUACUCCUAGCUCAUUAAGCUAGAAAAAGAAAUAAGCAAAAGUCUUUCUUAUACAAGGCUUAUUCCCCCAGAGAGACGGGUUUGUUGGACGAACGGAUCCCAGCUCAGGAUUUCAAGCUAGAGUAACCUGCAUCCUUUAGUGAACAGAAGAUGGGUGCGUCGAUCACUUAAGUUCAGAUUUUAAGAGGCUUUUCCCGACUCUAGCAGUAGAUGCGUUGCUGGGAAAAGGCCGUGGCUCUGUGCUUUAGAGCAUGUUUGGUUUUCAGGCGGCUGCGAUCUCCGAUAUCUCCCAGUUUCGACUGGGAGAGACUCCCUUUCUCCGAAACCUUGGAGAAUCGUCGCUAGCUGGUGUGGCCAGUAUUGAGCCAAAUGGACCAGUGGUCAAGACUCAGCAUAAUACAGCUUUAAAUCGAUUCAGGACAAAUUAUUGGCAUUAGGCAGUUUCCAAUUUCUCCACUCCUAGGUACCCAAGAGAAUAUUUACCUCUGACCAAAACACGAGAGGGCGGUGACUGGGCUCUCACUAGGGCUGGGCAAAACCUAGUUUUCAACACAGCGGCCAAACGCUGCGUUUAUCUACUAAUCUACCACGUCUGAAAUAAAGAUGGAGCUAUGUAGAGGCGUUGGCCGGUUUCACGGUUUCCCCAAUUGUGAUUUUUUGCAUACACAAACAUCACGAUCCGCGAUGUAUUGCCAGGUCGAAAAUUACGAAAGUGGCACCACGAUACAGACUUCAAACCGCUUUGGACGAUAUAUGGAUAUAUCUGCCCAGCUCUACGCACGCUCAGUCACCCUGUAGAAGUGUUUUAUAUAUAUAUAUACAUGUUUUUAGCAUUUUGUCGGGAGCUGCCCAGAGUGGCUGGAGCAACCCAGUCAGAUGGUAGCAUAUUAAUAAUAAUUAUUAUAUUGCUUUAAAAAGGGGGCAGGUCUGGGACCCAGGGCAAAAGGUGUGGGUGUCAGGGCCCCCCCGAUCUACUUCCCGGUAAUUCCAACAGUCCUGCGGGAAAUGUAAGACAGCAACAGGGGAGAAAGCUUUCUCUUCCGUGAGGCCAACUAACUUGCCAAAUCCUAUGCAAAAACCACUUUCAGCGUCAUUAAGGAGAGCUUUGAUUUGGUCCUGGCCAAAGAGACCCACCUAAUCCAGUGCCCCGUUCUCGCAGUGUCCUGGCAGAAGCUGAGGACGAUGGCGCUGCCUAGUGGCAAGGGCUUCCGAAGAACCGAGGCGCCUCUUUCGAGACUCCGUCGUGCUUUAACGGGAUGGCGGUUCCCAGCAAAGGGUGGCGCUGUGGGUUAAACCACAGAGCCUAGGGCUUGCCGAUCAGAAGGUCGGCGGUUCGAAUCCCCGCGAUGACGGGGUGAGCUCCCGUUGCUUGGUCCCUGCUCCUGCCAACCUAGCAGUUCAAAAGCACGUCAAAGUGCAAGUAGAUCAAUAGGUACCGCUCUGGCAGGAAGGUAAAUGGCGUUUCCGUGCGCUGCUCUGGUUCGCCAGAAGCGGCUUAGUCCUGCUGGCCACAUGACCCGGAAGCUGUACGCCAGCUCCCUCGGCCAGUAAAGCGAAAUGAGUGCCGCAACCCCAGAGUCGGCCACGACUGGACCUAAUGGUCAGGGGUCCCUUUACCUUUACUGGGAACAGAGGCAAAAGAAAUCUCAGCUUCCGGAGAAGGCAGGAACGGUACCGUGUGUGAGAGUUUUGUUUCAUAUGUCAAGGGUGGAUGAGAGUAAAGAGUGUGGAGGUUCAGGUCUUAAUAACCUCGGCUUUUUAAUUAUUUGUACAUAAGGUACCCCUCCCUGUGUUUGAAAGCUAGCCUGUGUGGCAGCCCGCUGGUUCGCUUUUUAAACUGCUGCAAUCGCAAUCCUGGACUGAUGCUUUCGUUAGGUAUGAAAAUAAAGUAAGCGUACACCAUCCAAUGGCGUUGUG